AUGGUCUUCGAGUCUCUGGUCAGCGACCUGCUCAAUAGGUUCAUCGGAGACUAUGUGGAGAACUUGGACAAGUCCCAGCUGAAGAUCGGGAUCUGGGGAGGUAAGCUUUAGAAGCUAGCUGGAGCUAACGUUCGGAGACGUGCGAGACUUUGUUCAGAAACACCACACUUAAGAUAUAAAUGCGGUACAUCUCCACAUGAACGCGCUUUAUUAAACACACUAACAUGUAAAGAUAAACAAUAGGUUACGCUUUUUAAUUCGGCUAUGAAAAAACUUAAAAUUUGAUCAUAUUUCGAUGGCAAUUCUUGAUUUAAUUGAGACGUAUGCUGCUGUCACUGCCACAUCUCCACCAAAACACACAGAGGUGUAAGCGGAAGACAGAGCCUUGUUUUGGCAAAUAAUAACAGUUUUUCAUAAUGGGAGUCGUUGUCAGUGGAUUUUAUCUUUGCCGAAUUGGAAGACAGGUGAUUAAAAAUCCUCCCAGCAGAGUGUUUUUCUACAGUAUGAUCACAGUUUAUUUACAGUGAGGUGUCAGAUACACGACAGUCCACAGUCUGCACCUGUCUGUCGUCUGUGAAGGUAAAUAUCUGAUCAGCCUGACUACUGCCCUGCUGUAACUGAACUGUUAAUCUGACUGACUGGCAAAUAGGCUUAAUUCAGUCAACAGAAAACCCAAAGUGCUGCUUAUCAGCUGAAAACACCCACAGAGUCUGUCCUGUAGAGUCAACACAGCUCUCUUUAGUUAUUUCUAUCUGCUCUUUAUCAUUAUCAGGUCAGAAACAAAGCAUUUAACAGACACGAGCUUAAAGAGAGUUUAUACUGGAUGUGGUGGAAGAGAUCAUGUGCUGUCUGAUUCAAUCAUUAACCCUUAUAUCUCAACGGCCACGCACAGGGAGGUUUUUACUUUCAGUAUUGUUUCUCCUUAGUCUAUCUAUUUCAUUUUGCAGACGUUAUGCAUUUUUUAUUUUUGUGUUUUUGUAGCCAAAACCAGAACAAAUGCAGUUUUUUAAAGGCUCGCUGUUGCAGCCUAAACACAUGCAGUAUCUUCUAAGAUGUAUUCAGUGUGCGUGCAAAGCGUCAGAUUCUUACUUUUAUCUUUAGUCAGGGAAAAACCCCUGUGGUGAAAGCAAACUGUUCUUUAAAUGUAUUUAUUUAACCUUUAUUUAACCAGGUUUGUCCCAUUAAGAUCUGAGGAUCUCAUUUGCAAGGGAGACCUGACCAAGAAUGGCAGCAAUAUAUACAAACAGUCACACAGACUCAAUACGGAACAAAAAUGUGAGGAAACAUCAGUAAAAACAGAGACACUCUGAGAGUUUGGACUCCAGCCUUUUAACUGCAGAUUUAAAAACAGUCAAAGGCACCAAGUUUUGCCUGAAAACCUUCUUUCCCAUUUCAGUUCAGACUCUGGGGACAAAAAACUGUCUAAAUCUCAAUGAUCUCAGGUUGUGUAAUCCGUCCUUUAAGAUCAAUAAGGAGGAGAGGUAGUCCGGGAUUUUUCCAAGAAUGACUUUGUAAAUGAAAACGUACCAAUGACCAAGCCGACGAGUAGUUAAAGAAGUCCAACUGACUUUGGAGAAUAAAGUACAGCGAUGAGUUAAAAAUCCACAGUUUGUUAUAAAUCUCAGAGCUCCAUGGUAAACACUGUCCAACAUUUGCAGACUCUGGGCAGAGGCAUUCAUGUAUAAAACAUCACCAUAAUCAAGAAGAGGUAAGACUGUAGACUCCACAAGUCUCUUUGUAACAUCAAAAGAGAAACAGGACUUGUUUCUAUAGUAAAACUUUCUAACAACAUGCUGAAUAUGUUCUUUAAAAGACAAAUUUUCAUCCAGUAAAAACCAAAGGUACUUAAAAGAAGACACAAGUUCAAUUUCUUGACCGUAAAUAUUAACAAUAUUCCCUGACAGUAUUUCUUGUGACGCUCUUGUAGAUGAAAACAACAUGAGUUUAGUUUUCUCCACAUUAAGUUGCAGCUGCCUAAGCUGAUCUUGGACCAAAUUAAAAGCAUGCUGAAGAUUUUCAAAGGCCAGCGCAGGUGUUGGUGCACAGCAAUGAAUGACUGUAUCAUCUGCAUAGAAAUGAAAAUUUGCAUUUGGAACAUUUGGUCCCAGGCAGUUGAUAUAUAUUGUAAAUAAAUAGAUAACCAGGAGAGAUUCUGUUCAGGUUUCAAGAACAGGUGUUCCUCUCUGUGUCUUUAACUUUGAGUUUUUGCUGCUGGAAAAAAGAUUUUAAUCUCAAUGGGACUAACCCGGUAAAAUAAAAGAUAAAUAAAAUAAAGAAAUACUGCAAAAUCCCCACAUUAAGGACUAACUCCUAUGAGUUUGUCUCACACUACAAACAAACAGUUAAGGUUCAGUGUUGCAGAUCAGAGACGGGAGGUCCCGUGGUUUCUUUUGUCUCGCUCCAGCAGCAGCUCUGAACAAUGAAAGGCUGCUCUAAACCAUUUUUAAGAAUUUGUGACUAAUGCUGGAGAUCAAUUACUGAAGCAGUCAAACACCCACUAAAAUACAACAAUGAUUGAGCCGAAUAUGAUAUAAACACAGUUAAACCUGAACAUUUCUUUUAUGAAGACACUAAAACCAAAUAAUUACCGACCCGCUUCAUUUUAUCUGCAAGAAAAGACUCGACCUGCUGCAUCUCAUAUCACCUUUAUUUUGUAUUCAGUGUUGAUGCAGUUUGUGUGAUAACCAGAGAAGUUUAACGUUUACCUGCAGCUUCCUCAUGCCUCUGACACACAUGUUAGUAUCAUACCUGCGAGACAGGAAUCUAAACUAACAGGUUUUACUCACUAGUCGCUGUUGGGAAAUAACCUGCAGGUGUUAGACAGGCAGAUCCUCAUCAGUCUAAUCACUAUGAGACAGAAUCAUCAGCUGGUGAUUAUUACAAAUCAAUAACAUCACGGUGUAUCUGUGUGGAGUAUCACCUGUUUGACCUGCUGCAGCGAAGUUUAAUGUGGUCAUAACAAAGAGGGUUUUACAACACUUUAACCUUCUUCAUAUAUUAUAUCAAAGAUCUGUCAUGUCGUCAGUGUUUUUAACUUGUACAUACAAGCAGCAGCUGAUUUAUCAAAGUUACCUCCUGUUUUACAAAAUCUAACCGGUGCCGAUCAUUCAGAGUUUAAACCAGCUGUUCUGAUGUCAAAGCUCCUGUAAGGGGGUGCUUUAGUACCACUUGAUACAAAGGUCCUUACAAUGAGCAGUAAUUGAUAAGAUAAGAAAAGAAGAACUUUAUUGAUCCCUGAGGGGAAAUACAGUAAAUAGUCUAUAAUGGUUAUCUAUAACCUGCCCUUAGGACCUCAUAAAAUGCUUGUAAAUAAAUCUCAAACUGUUAUAAAAGCUUCAUUUAUUAUUUCUUAUAAGACAAAGAAGGCCGUCAUUAGGAACUCAUGUGUCCCGUUAGCUGCAGUAAUAACAUGUUGCUCCUCAUAUAAACCUUUAAGCAUUUUUUGAUCGCUCCUCUUUCGUCGCCUGGAGCUGUUCAAUUUGACAAGCGGAGCAGGAGGAAGUAAAAAUGAUGUAAUAUCAUUUCUACUGUAAAAGCACUGCAGUGACACAGCUUCAUGAAAAGAGGAAGAAGACACGAGCAGGUGUCAACCCUCGAUCUGUGAGACUUUCACACAUUUACAUCUUUUCUUCGUCGUUCUCACCCAGCAGACCGCUGGAGCCUCGUGUGAACCACCAAACCAGACCUCAAUGAAUAUUCAUUUAUUUGCCUUUUUUGCUAUUUUUUCAGCUACACCCACAGUUUUGCUUCACUUAUAGACAAAGCAGUGUGUCCCGCCUGCCUCCUACUGUUUCCCUCUGUCUGUCACCUUCAUCAGUUUUACAGAGACGCCCAUCUAACAGCUCCCAUUUUGAAAUAUGUCCAUCAGCAUAAUAGACAUGUGGUGCGUUGGCGAGACUUAUCAAAGAUAUAGCAUUUUGUAACAAAGCAACUCUACAAUAGUUCAGAAGGAGGAUCAUUGGAGGAUGGUACUGAAGAGCCUGAAGAGUCUGCAGGUGAUCAGGUACGAGGGGUCAGGAGCUGCGAGAGCUUCUCUAGUGAAGUGAUUUAAUGUGGUGAUCUGAUCUCAAUAAUAAAGACAACAUAAAAUCAAAUAUCCUCAGAGGGAUGAAAACAUACUUCGUCAGCCCGUCCUGGUAUCAUUUAUGUUUACGGCAAGAAGUCGAGUCUCUCUGGUUGAAGUCUUUUUAAUACACCCUGACUUUUCACUGCAGAACUUUGUCUCUCCAUUAUCGGCCUCAGCUCGUCAUCACGACUGAUAUUUGGCCUUUAGCUGACUAGUGUGUCACAUGUUCAAAUUACUAAAAGUAUCUCUGUAUAGCAGCAGGACAAAUAAUAGGAACCGAUAUUCUGAAAAUGAUAUACAUAUGUAGGCCAUACAAUAUAUAAAUACUGCAUCUGCUCUUUAAUAUAUGAAAAAAAGAUGUGUAUCAGUUAGGGAUGGGCAUUUCAAGCAAAAGCGCUAUUUGAUAUUUGCUGGCAACUAUUUGAGAAUUAUUCGGAGAUCGUAAUUUGCUCUGUGCGUUGAUCACAUAGACUGUUUGUACUAUGGACAACGUGGCUCCGCCUUCCGUCAUCAAACAAAUUUGAAACUGAAUUGCUCUCCGUAUUUCCGGGAUUUUCUCCACUUCUGGAACCAAACAGCGUGUCCCCCGGCUGAGCUACGCAAUCUGUGUGCGCCCAUUGGCUGUUUCAAGUGUCAAUCACAGAAAACAUGAACCCCCUAAUAACUUUUAAAAAUGGAGCUGUACAGAAAAAAGAGGACUUGAGCACAAACCAGUCUGACAGUAACUACAUGUCAACAUCACAACCAGGGGGGAGAAACAUUUAUAUUCUGUGUCAUUCAUUUAUAAAGUUUGUCCACAGCUCCAGAAGGAGGCGGGGUUUAUGACCUAUACUGCAGCCCGUCACCAGAGGGCGCUGUUCUCACGGUGGCUUCACCUAAUGAGGAGGCAGACAGCAUCCAUUCUAUAUACAGUCUAUGGAUUUGCAGCAUUAACUAGCGCAACAGUUAAUGUUAUCGUGUUAUUUGGAGGAACCCUGUCUAAAACAAAAACCAUCGUCAUAUGAACUCUUCGAUUUUUAUAAAUGUUAAUGACUAUUCAGAUAUUUGAAAAUUAUUGCCCAUCCCUAGUAUCGGUAUCAUAUUGUUACAAAUGUCCACCAAAAUAAGUUUCAAAAUAUCAGCGUAUCAGACAUCUGCAAAAAUUCAGUGAGUUCUGACAAAAUUGUUGUUACUGUAAAUGAACAAUAUAUAUAUUGUUGGCAUGAUGUUGGUGUCAGUAGAUAAUGUUAGCUGUAGGUAUAUCUGCAUGUGUCCCUAAAAUGAAAAAUAGAGCGCAGAAGAGUUUUGCAGAUCUGUAGUUAUGAUACAGAAUAUUAUCGGCGUGAUAUCAGCUGAUAAAAGAUUAAAAAGUUAAUAAUCGGUUUAAGCAGGUUUAGAAAACUCCGUGACUGUCUUAUUAUCGGCAACAAUAAGUCAGAGCUGAUAGGAGUGUGUUGUGUUCUCUGUUGUUAAAGUAAAUAUUUGCUCUUAUUAAACAUUUAUAUCCUCCAAUAAGGCCGGCUGUAACUCUCGGCUUGACUCGCCCUGAGUUAUGCUAACCCUUAUAUCUACAGAGUGUUUCUAAAAGGAGAGAAUAUUACGGUGCAUGCAGCUUCCUCCUACACGCUCAUAUAUGUGACAUAUGUUGAAGUCAGAUGAGCAGACAGGAAUCUAAACUAACAGGUAUCCAAGUCAUCUCUGCAUGCAACAAUGUUAGGAAAGAGUCUGGAGGUUUUUAGAGCCGAUGGAACGAGAAGGGCCCGAGGGGUGUCCUGGAGGAGUGAUUGACAGGUGAGCAGGUAUGUUGAGGCUGUAGACAGUGUUAACUGACACUGAACUGUGUGUCAUAACCUUAUAUCCCUGUGCUGUUAAACACCGUUACCCUGAAACAUCCCGGGUUAUACUGGUUUGAGGACGGGCUCAGAGAAAGCUGCGAUCCCAUUGGAGGAAAUGCCUCACGUUACGUAUUUUUAUGCACUCCUUUAAUUGUUUUAAACAUUUAGAUAUUUAACGUUGUUUUGUGCCGACUCAUAGUUUCAGGUGUAAUAAAGUGGGUCCUUAUUCCCCACCUCCACUCUCCAUUUGGUGGUGACCCAGAGGAUCCAGUGAUCCUGUUUCAGCUGAUAAUUACAGCCUCUUUGUGGAGUGUAGUUCGUCCCACGCUGCAGGCUGAAUGACUGCAUCCUCGGGGUCACACACAAAGCAAACAGGCACAAAAACAAGAUCAUCUGCUUUACACCUCAUGAUUCGCUUCAAGCCGCUAGUGCUGGCUGUUAGUGUUCGGCUGGAUCUGCAGGAUUCUCCAGGACCGCUGUCAGCGUCGAUGACUAUCGAUGGAGAAAAUAAAGGGCCCUAAACGCUGACGCUGAGGGCUGAUUGAACAGAAACACGUUUUUUCUGUUUUUGUGUGUCUGCUCUUAAAGGCAACACAACAUUAUUUGGGAUUAAAUGUCUUGAUUUAGAGGACCGGCUCUGGCCAAUCAGGGCACUGAUUUAUGUAGGGGUGUCUAGGAGUCGGGAUUUCCCCUGGGUCUAUAAAUACAAAAAUGCAAUAUUCUUGGACAUUAAUUUUAACUUUGAAAGGAAAAGAGUGGCAACAUUAAAAUCUGAUGUGCUUUAUUUUUUAUGGACUCAAAAAGAAGCGGUCUGUCCAAAUUUGGAGAUGAAGAUCCCGCCUCUCGGAUAGGUCAGGAUUUCAGAGUGGCCAAUCAGAUUUCAGAGCAGGAAACUGAGAGAGAAAGGGGGAAUGAAAGCCGCUGAACACUGCUUAAUAAAAAUCGUGAAGUAACAAAACAUUAAUGCACAUUUACUGGACAGAAUAGACUGUUUAUUGACCUUGUUGAAACAGCAUUUGUGGCUGCUACCCUUUCCACACAGCUGUUAAAUAGAUGACUUUAAAUUAAGGCGCCUCUCAUUUGUGUCUCUGCAGGAAACGUCGUGCUCGAGAACCUGAAAGUGAAGGAAAAUGCUUUGGUGAGUUUUGUUCUGUGCCACUCAUGUUGAGUGUAUUCGACUGGUCUGCUGAACGUCUUUUGGAUGAAUGUGUUUAACAGCGACUAAAACACGGCCUCCAAUCACUGCAGUAAAGUUGCAUACUAACCAAAUAAACCGAAACAGUUGAAUUUCCCAGGAUUCUUACACCCUCAGAGUCUUUUUCUGUAAGGGGUCUAUCCUCCUGGUGUCCCGUUAUCAGCCCUCUUACGGGUCUAUGCUGCCAGGAUCCGAUACUUUAGGACCCUUUGGGUUCUGUCCUACUCUCAGAGGGGUUUAUGCUUCCAAAGUCAGGGGCCUCUGUUUCCAGGGUGUCCAUCCUCUCAGGGAUCUCUCACCGUACUCGACGAGCUCUAAGCUCCCAGAGUUUCAUGUUCAUAGGUCAUAUGCUUUCAGAGUUUGAUUUCAGGGUUCCAGAUCCCUCUCUUAACCUCUAAGAAAAGGAAGAAGAAGAAGGUUUGGAUCCAUUAAUGGCUUUGAUAAUCAAAUGAUCGUCCAUUGAUUGUGAAUGUGCUGUCAGUCAAAGCUUCAUAGUUAUAGUCGUGUUGUGAGAAUAAUAGUGAUAAUGAAAAUGAGAGAGGGUUUAUUUUCUAUUUCAGAGCAAAUUUCAAGUUCCCUUCAAAGUGAAGGCCGGACAGAUCGGUGAGUCCUACAUUUGUCAUGUUUCAGAUGAUUUUUCAUAUUUGAUUUUUAUUGAUAAUUUUGAAUAGAUUCAGCAUAAAACAACAAAACAAAAACAGCAACUGUGAAUUAGGUCUGAAAAUGUGCAAAAAAGAGCCUCCCACUGAAAAAGAUCAAAUUAGAAAUACUAUUUAUUAUAUAGAAAUUAAUCAGAAUCAAACUAUUGAUGUAGUUGAAGUAGUAGAAGAAGUUGCAGUGGUAGAAGUAGUAGAAGAAGAAGAGUAGAAGAAGUAGAAAAGGUGGAAGUAGAUGAACUAGAAGUAGCAGAAUAAAAAGUAGAAGGGUGGUAGUAGUAGUAGAAAAAGUUUCAGUAGUCAAAGAAGAUGCAGAAGUAGUGGAAGAAGUUGAAGUAGUAGUUGGAGAAGAAAAGGUGGUAGUAGUAGUCGAUCAAGCUGUAGUAGUUGUGCUAGUAGUAGAAGUUGUAGAGAUGGUAGUAGUAGUAAUACUAGUAGAAAAAAGUGGUAGUAGUAGUAGUUGAAGCUGUAGAAGUAGGAGUAGUAGUAUUAUUCAAGUACUAGUAAAAGUGAUAGUGGUUGUAGUAGUAGUAGAAGUGGUGGAGGUAGUAGUAGAAGAAGUGGUAAUAGUAGUAUUAGUAGAAAAGAAAGUAGAAGAGUGGUAGUAGUAGUAGAAGCUUUCGUAGUAGUGGUAGUAGUAGAAGUAGAAGAGGUGAAAAGAACAGGACAGUAUAAGACAUAAUUCACUGUGUUAACCUUGCCCACAUGAUUGGGUGUCAUUUAGGAGUCUAACUGGGUCAUUAUUGGCCCAGAGGUAGAUGGUGCUGAUAUUGUUGGUAUGCAGUAGAGCUGUAGUGAUUUCAGAUUAUAGCGAUCAUAAAUGAUCAUGAUAUUUUUGGAAAACCUGAAAAUAAAACGCAGAUAAGAACACAUCUCAUUACGACGUUUAUCAGUCUAAUGUUAACACACAAUCAUCUCACAGCUGUGAAUGUUUAUUUUCAUGAUCUCAGGGAAGCUGACGUUAAAGAUCCCCUGGAAGAAUCUCUACAAUGAUGCUGUGGUGGCCACGCUGGAGGGGCUGUACCUGCUGGUUGUUCCUGGAGCCAGUAAGUCAAAGCUUUACACCGUCUCCAUGCAGGAUUUCUCCCUAACAUGUAAACAUUGAAUAAGAAGGGACCCCAAAUAGACCCCUGUAGGACGCCACAUGAGAGCGGAAUAAAAGAAGAGGAGAUGUUUCCUAGCACUAGAGAAAAGACUGGUUUGAUAGGAUCUGAACCUAAUUCCAUCUGACUGAUUGAAGGUCAAGAUUAGGCCAAGAAGAAUAAACAUAAAGUGCAAGCUAGAAUCAGCUGCAAGCAUAGAUGUCAUGUCAAGAGCAGUGUCUUGGAGCUGAAACCAGAGCUGAGUGUUUCACAUUUCCUGUCAGUUUGUUUUUGAUGUUUCCUCCCAGUAUGUUUUGAAGGAAAAACCUCCUCAGUGGGCUAUGAAGUCCUUGAAUGGAGGUCCAGUUUUUCCAACUGAGUGAAAAUUUUGGACCUCAGACAAACUAUUAUCCACUUACAGAGCUAAAAAUGUCCCUCCAGGACCGGCAACAAUGCACAGUUUGUCCAUAGACCCAAGGCCAGGACAGACUCUACAUUAUUCCUCUUGAAACUGAAGUUCAGCAGCCUUUUUUAAAGGGGGUAGUAAAAACUGAACUUUCAUGUGAUUUUGAAAAAUAUUUUAACCAUGAUAGCCAAACAAUGUCCAGAGCCGUCCCUCCCGUCCCCAAUGAGAGGCUCUUACCUUUGAGUUUAAUCCAGGUGUGAGUUUUUUUCCAGGCAGUGUAGAAUAAAUAAAACCUAACAACCCAUUAUAAUAUUGGCGUUUCAUUUCAGCCGUGUCAUUAUCAGUAUUGGCUGAUAAAGAGCUGAUAUUGGUCUACCAUUGGUUGUCAGGCAUUAGCAGAUUAACCAGUGAGAUCGGCCCAAACUUUGUUGGUUUCCUGGGCUUAUAAAGGCCUUUUCCCACCAUUCAACCAUCCAGAUAGUAAACAGGGAUUUCUUUAGGCUCAAAGAAGAGUGUGCUCUCCGACAGGCUAGAGGUCGACCUCCUUUAGUCUGUAGGUCAUCCUAAUCAAGCUGAGGUAGCUUUAAUCCCUAGUAUCUCCUUUGAUAACACCAGAAACAUAAACUUCACAGCUAGAUUUAAUCUUAUGAACUUUUGCAUCAGUGGUAUUGGAGGAGUUCAUGUUCUGAGCUGAUCUGUGUGUGUUCCAGCUGGAUCUAAGUUGGAAUCGUGUCCAUUUAACGGUAAGACAUCCAGGUUCAGAGGUGGUGGGUCAAACUCAGGUCCCGUCUGGUUUAAGGUCCUCUCUGUUUGGGCUGCACGAUGCUACAAAAUAGUUCAAAUAAAACCGAUGGUAAUAAAAAUGUACUGAGCUGUCCUUCAAAAUAAAAGCUCUUUAAUUAUGUUAGAGGGCUUUUGCUGUGAAGGAAUGAGAGCUGCAAUGUCAUCAGUUUGUGCAUGUAAAAAGCUCAUCAUGCAGCCCAGUGUCUACUCUGUCUGUGAUCUACUUCUUCUUGUGUUUUUGUCUUUUUAUUUCAGGGCUGUACUGGUUUCAUGUAGAUCUAGCCGGUCUCUAAUCUGGGAUUUCCUUCAUAGGUGUCAAAGUCAGCAGUUACGACAGUCUGAUCUUGUGACUUUUCUUGCAGACUUUGUUGGGAUUUAUCGGUGUCUGGUACUCUUUUUCCCAUUUUUGUUCCACUGCCACCAUUGCAGCAGACAAUCAACACCAAAUGAUAUUAGUAAUAAUGGCAAAAGAAAAGAAGUGAACUGUAUAUAUAAUAUGUCAGACACACAGAAAAUAGAACUUCCCAUUAUUUACACCAGAACAUAAGAACACUUGGAGCUCACAUUAUCAUCACAUAUUGAGGUUAGAUAUUCAAAUUAUUCAUUUUAGAUUCCAUUAAAACUUUUUUUCAUGUCUCUGACUAUAAGACACACACACACACACACACACACACACACACACACACACACACACACACACACACACACACAUAUUGACUAUGUGUGUGUGCGUGGUAGUCCCUCUGUUUAUGUCACCUACAUGCACACAAACUACUACUACUACUACUAACAUCACUAUUACUAGUACUUCCACUUCUAAUACUACUCCUUCUACUACUACCACUACUUCUUAUACUACCUCCACCACUCCUACUACUACAACUACUAUUAAUAUCACUUCUAUGAGUACUUCUCCAUCUACUACUACCACAACCACUAUCACUUUUACUAGUACUUCUACCUAAAUUACUAAUACUACUACUCCUACUUUUACUACUACAGCUUCAAUUACUACCACCACUUUUUCUACCACUACUACUACUACAGUUUCUACUGCUACGACUAUGACCCUUCUCCUUCCUCUUCUACAACUGCUACUUCUUCUACCACUUCUACUACUAUUGCAAUUACUAUCACUGUUACUACAACUACCACUUCCACUACUACUUCUACUCCUACCACCUCUUCUACUUCUACUUCUACAUCCACUUCUACUACUUCUACCACUUCUUCUUCUACUACUACACAUUUUUCUACGACUACAACUACUGUUAAUACUAACUUCAGCUAGUUCUUUCACUUCCACUUCUUAUACAACUACUAAUACUUAUACUACUACUAUCACUACCUCUACUUCCACUACUUCUACGACUAGCUCUACUACUGUGACUUCUACUUCUUCAAUUCUUAAACUACUGCCACUACCACUAAUAUGACUACUAAUAUCGCUUCUACUACGACUCAUAUUCAUAUUUGUACUACUACUAAAACUUAUGCCACUUCUGACUUUCCUGCUUUUUGAGGUAAUUUUCUUCUUCAUACAAAUUUUGCAAAAUUUCAAUCUACGUAACACAUUCAUACUACUUGUACUUCUUCAACAGUUUUCACAUUCAAAUCCAAACAUAACAUCAUUCCAUCCAAAUUCUACUUCUUUAUUUAUCACCUCUUGGCGGUGUGAAUUUGCUCGGGCCCCGUUGGUUCCCCGCUGGGCGCCAGUUCUCUAUGUUGUCGAGAGAGCACUUUCCCUAAACCGCCAUCUUUUUUCCGUGACCCUGAAGUCCUCUUUUGUGUUUUUUUUAAAGCCAUGAAGUACGAUGCUGCGAAGGAGGAGCAUGACCAGCUGGACUCCAAACAGAAUGAGCUGCAGCGCAUCGAGGAGGCCUUACAGAUGGCUGCACGCAGAGGUGAGACUGCAUGACCGCCGCUGACCUCUGACUUACCUUGAGGACUGACCUGGCUCGUGCUGCUGCCUGUUCUUUGUCUGUUUCUCCUCUGCUGGUUAAUCUGCUGACAUGAGGCUUUCUGUGGUGAUUUAACUUUCUUCACUCAAACUCAGAGAGAGAUGAUUUAUGUUACUGCAGAUAUGCAAAAUUAUCAGUUAGGACUUUUCAGGCAUGGACAAUGUUCCUGUACAUAACCUGAGUUUUUCACCUGGAAUAUUUUGAGUUAAAGCAAAUUUUCAGGGUAAUUCAGUGCAGGCGUGUAGGAGAUGCUUGUAGAUGUGACUGCUGUAGUGUCGAUUCCCUCCAGUGAGCCUACCUGUGAGGGUGUAAAGUCAGGUAAUUUUCCAUUUUAAAUUUCUGGAAAGAGUGAAAUAAUUGUGUGUCUUUACCUUAUUUUAGUGUUUUAGGGGUUUAAUUGAAUUUGUGCUGUAACUGGAGCCAGUGUUUUGCAUCUCAGAGUACUUUCUCAACAAUAUUUUUAUUAGUUUUAUACAGAUAUGAAAAAGAAAGACAUUACAAACACCCCCCUUUCCCUCAAAACCCCAUCUACUGCUGGAAGUUGGUAUUACUGUGCUUAAAUAACAAAUUCUGGAGCUAUAACAAAAAACAAAAAAAUAAAUAAGUAAAUAAGUAAGUGUUGGAAUUUGGGUUUUGUAGAUCUUGAAAUACAUAAGAAGUUGAGGAAUCAUCUCAGAGUACUUUCAGUGUUUGCAAACCAAUGCAGUAGAUGACUGUAUGUCUAUCAAACACAGGGCAGGUUUCAGAGCCAGGCCAUGAUGGCUUCCUCAUCCUGAAGACUGCUUACAUCUAAACUGACUCUUCAGUAUUUAACAGGAAGUGAUGAUUACAACAGCACUGACGAAGAUUAUUUCUCUUGUGAAAUACAUUUUUAAUAUUUGGAUAAGUUUUAUCUCAGUAGAAGAGAGCAGAAGUGAAGAGCAGCUUUACUUAUGAUGUACAGGAUGGAAUCAUCAGCAUAUGAACGAAUAUUUUAGUUCACAGAAACAAAAAGCCGAUAUUUAAAGUGUAAAAACAGCAGCUUUUAGCUCACAGAUGGAUGAAUGAGACACAAACUGAUGGAUGAAUGAUUGUAUUAACAUGAUUUCUGUGCUGUUCAUGCUGCGUUCGCUGUCAGCGUCUCAAAGUGGAGACCUGCUGUUCAGCCUGGAGAGUGUUGUUUACAAGGAGCCUCAGAACGGUAACUAAACACACCCAGCAUGAAUCGUUUAAACUCCGGAGACGAAUGUGUUUCUGCUUCACGCUAACCCUCUAUCCGUGUGCUUUCGGGCUUUUCUGUCUCUAACCGCUCUCUCUCUCUUCAAUGCUGCCAAAGUCCAAAAAGGAUUUAAAAAACAGAAAAAAACAAAAAAAGGCUUGAAGAAGCUGAGGCGGCAUGACAACAAAGCAGGUAAGGGUUUUGGAUUUCACUUUGUCUCACCUGCAGGAGCUCCGUCUUUUUACUGUUAAACACGUCCUGUGAGGUUUACUGAUCCCACAGAGAUGUUCUGAUUCUCACUGCUCAUCUUCAUGCUUGGGUUGAGGGGUUGUCAUUAGGGGUCAUGUGAUCGGUUAUAUAACUUAUCAGAUGAGCAUUAUGUCGGGAUGAGAGAACAAUCAUAGGAUGGUGUCUACACUUUUGAUCCGAGCGCAUGUAUCUCGUGUUUAUUUGAACUUGAGACGUUUCACACUCAUGAAGGAAUGAUUUCAACAGUUUUGAUGCUUCUAUAGAUCCUGACACAUCACAUGACAAACAUGACCUAGAUGUUCUUCCCCCUCAUACCCUCAGAGUCAGGUGUUAGUUAGCAUCUGAAUCAGUUUCAGGUUGAAAUCCUGCAGCUGAGAUCACACAGCAACAGGAACAUAAACGGCAAACAACCUUUUUUUUUUGCUUUGAUGCAUUUAAAAAGUCGUUUCUGCAUAUAAAAAAAGCAGAAGUAUUACCUUAAAGAAGGAAAAGCUAAAAUUAGUGCAUUAAAAAAUGAAUUAAAUGUAGAGAGAUGUUCCUGCUAAUUAUGGGAAAGAAUAAAGACCACAAAAAAAGAUUUAAAUUUUUUUAUUGAGGUUUUUUUCUUUCAUUAAAAUGUCAGAAUUCUGAUUUUAAUCUCAAACUUUCAAGUUUAAAGUCAAAUUUAGACUUUUUUUGCCUUGGACAUCUGAGAUAAAAGUCUAAUUUCUGACUGAAAUCACAGAUUUCUGAGUUUUAAGUCAGAAUUUAGAUUUUUUUUAUCAAAAAUCUAAAUUACAUCAUCAAAAAUGAAAUUUUAGGCUUUUGUUUCAGAAUUUUGACUUUUUAAAAAUAAAAUAAAUUUAAGAAUUGAUAUAAAGUCAGAAUUUAUAAUUCUUUCAUUACAGUUUCCUUAGUUUAAAAUUAGAAUUCUAAGUAGUUCAAUUUCUGUGAUCCAGAUCUAGAUUUUAACACCUAUUAGCAGCCGUUCCCCCCAAAAGUGUUAAACUGACGGCCGAUGGCUGAACAUCCUGAUCUGCGAUCUUUGGUGUGUCAUAGUUUUCUUCUUGUUACAGACAAACCUCAGGAGGAAAAGAAGGACUCCUUCUUUGAGAAACUGGCCGCUCAGGUGAUCAAAAACCUGCAGGUGAAGAUCAGCAGCAUCCAUCUGCGCUAUGAAGACAUUGUGAGUACUGGUUCAGGUCCAGGUUCUGGUUCAGGUUCCUGGGUUUGUUUGCAGCUCUGACAAACAGAUCCAUGACAUCUCUUCAGUAUCAGAUUGAUCAUACGUUAACCAUCUCUGUCAUGUGACUGUUUCAGCUGUCAGACCCAAAGCACCCUCUGUCUCUGGGAGUCACACUGUCUGAGCUCAGCCUGCAGGUAACACACACACACACACACACACACACACACACACACACACACACACACACACACACACACACACACACACAUGUUGGUGUUUCUGAUGGUUUCACCGUCCACUUCUGUCUUUUUCAGACCACAGAUGAAAACUGGAAGGCGUGUAUCCUGAACGAAGCUGCAAAGAUCAUCUAUAAGGUGAGAGAUGCUCAGCUUCUUCUCGACUUUCAGCACAUCUUUUCUUUUACUGUGGAGAAGCUCAAGUCCUAACGCUCUUGUUUAGAGUCUGAAAAAAGGGAAAAUUUCUGAGCGACCAAAGUUUUUUGAGAAGUUUGUACAAAGAGGAAAGUGUAUUUCAUGGUCUGAGUGUUUGUUCGCUUUAGCUCGGCCGUCUGGAGAGUCUUUGUGCCUACUGGAACGUCGACAGCCCCAUUUUCUACAAAGGAUCAUGGGAAGACAUCGUGGUAGGUUGAUGCUUUAUCUCUUUCAUGUUAUCGUCUAAAACCAGCUGAUAAACGAACCAAAAUAGGUCUAAAAGUGUUAUAUUCUGUUUCUGUAGGAUCAGCUGAAGUGUGGGAUCAGCAGUAAGGAUCAGGAGAUCCCAAAUUAUCACUACAGUAAGUUCAUGCUGUAAUUCACCGUAGUUCAGAGGAUCAGAUUGAGUUUUGUUUUUUUGUUUAAGCUAACAGCAUCAGAAGUUAGACAUGAGCAGAGAAAAGAGCAGAUUUUCAAAGUUUGGCCCUUCCAGGAGCCCGUACUGUCAGCCACAUCCAGAUAAAUGUGGAGUUAUCUUUCUAGAUUAAGAAUUAGUCAAGAAUGAAAUUGAUUAAUCUCAUAUAAACUGGGUGUUAAACCAACGUUAACUCCUCCUCCUCCUCCUCCUCUUCAUCGGUUUGUUUGCAGUCUUUAAGCCGAUCUUCGCCUCGGCUCGAAUGUGCAUCAAUCCAAAUGCUGAGCUGGAGCUGAAAACUCCAAAAGCCAACCUUCACAUGGAGGUUCAGAACAUCGCCAUAGAGAUGACCAAACCACAGGUAUGCACAGAAACUCUCUGAUCAGUGAGUCCGAGUCGACGGCUCUUCUCUGCUGCAGUUUUCUGUCAGUGUUGCUGAUGUGUCCUGGUCUUCUGCAGUACCUGUCCAUGGUGGAGGUCCUGGAGUCUGUAGACUGCAUGUUCAAGAACGCCCCCUACAGGAAGUUCAGACCUGAUGUUGCAGUCCACAACAAUGCCAGAACCUGGUCAGUUUAACUUAGAGGUUAAACUUUAGGGGCGUGUCCCUCGAGAUUUUAGUUCCUGAAGCUUUAAAGCUGACGGCAUCGGGUCAGAGGACAGUAAAAGAGUCUUAAGAUGUGUGAAUGAAAUUAAAAAAGGUUUGAAUGAUCAAAUAAAUCAUAAGUAAACAUCAGCAUUAAUCAAAACUCUAUUUGAAGAGAUUUCAGCUGCACCUGACAGGUAGAAACACAUUGGAGACCAGCAGCUUCUAAAGAGUGUCUUUUUUUAAAACUCUAUUUUUUCUUUUACUUUUUUACUUUUAGAGAUUAUCCUUUUAACUCUAUUUUUUUUUUCAUUUUUUAACUUUUAAAGAUUUUUUUUAAAACUAUUUUGUUUUAUUUUAAUUUUUAAUUUUUAAAUUGUGUAUUUUUUUAAACUUUGUUUUUUAAAUUUUUUUGAAUUUUUAAAGAGUGUCUUUUUUUAAUUAAUUUUGUUUUAUUUAAUUUUUCUUAUUUUUUUAACUUUAAAGCAUGUCUUUUUUUAAACUUUAUUUAUCUAUUUUUUUUUUUUUUUUUUUAACUUUAUCAAAGCGCUCAUGUUACAGUUUGAGUUCGGCACGUGACAGCGGUUCGAGUUAAAAUUUGAGCAUCAUUCAAAAACAGCACAAAAGUUCAAAAAGUUCAACACAAAAGUUAGGACAACCAAAGAGGAGGAUCUGAUCUGGUUUAGACCUGCAGGUCGUUGUUUCUAGUUGUGACGAUCACAUGACCCUCAGGUUUGAUUUCUGCGUGUCCUCCUCCAGGUGGAAGUACGCCUUUAACAGCAUCAUGGAGGUCCACAUCAAACGUGUGAGUCGCAUGUGGUCCUGGUCCAACAUCAGAGAGCACAGGAAGAACCUGAAGGACUACAAGACCGCCUACAAGAACAAGCUGCUGAGCCAGAACAAGCCGAACCCGGACGUGGAGCAACAAGUCCAGGUGGACUGUGAAUAUUAUUCAUAUUAGUCCUUUUUGAAGGACGUAUUUUCUUUAUGUUAAUAUUUGGAUGAUACUAGAGACUGACUCAGUCGAUCGUCUAGAUCGGAGGAUCAACAGAUUGUCCAAAUAUGAUCUGUAAACAUUGACUGAAAUGAAAAUAACGACAUUUGAGAUAUUUGGAAUAAAAACAGCCGACAUUUUUAAGAGGCUUGGAGGUGAUACAGAUUUCCUGAACUCAGAGUUCAGAUGGUUUUUGUUUGGAUAAACUCGCUGACUUGAGUCUGAUCUGUUUCUAUCAGGACCUGGAGAAAGUUCUGGAUGUCUUCAACAUCACUCUGGCCCGGCAGCAGGCCCAGAUGGAGGUAAAUCUGUCUGAUCGGUUGUUCUGAUGAGCAGCAGACCCGUGAUUUAAGAGAUGACUCUAACUGAACGUGGUUUCUGCUCCAGGUCAUCAGGUCUGGGCAGAAAGAGCUGGCAAAGAAGGCGGCGGGUCAGAAACAGGGAGGAGGAGGAGUGGGAGGUUUCUUCAGCGGCUGGUUCGGUCGGAAGGCGAAGAAGGAGGAGCAGGAGCCGGAGGAGAGCAAGGAGACGGAGAGUAUGUCAGAUUUACGUCACAUGAACCUCUUUGACUUAAUACAGCAGUAAAGCAAACAGUUUUUUCUGCCGUGCAAAACAAAAGCGUCCUCUGGGAACAUCCUGGUCCAUCAAACUGUGUCAAAUCUUAAAAAAUGGCGCUAAGGUUCAGGAGUCCCUGAACUGUGGACCAGCAGAAAUUCUAAAUCAGACAAGAACGGGACGAUAUUUCACGUUACAGGCUCAGAGUGUUUAUAAAAGAAGAAGUGAUGCAACAGAAAGGUAGAGAUGAACCUCUAACAGCUUUUUAAAAUGUUGUUCCUGAUUAUAUUUCAGCUUCUGGUUUGGACGAGAUCAUGACGACAGAGGAGAAGCAGAAGCUGUACACCGCCAUCGGCUACAGCGGCAGCUCUCACAACCUGGCUUUACCUAAACAGGUCAGCACACACUCCUCAUGUCACGUUCAAAGUCAUGUCUGUGUUUGUUUUUAGCCUUUUUUUCCAACAGUCUGAAUCUGAAGGAGAGUUUUGGAUUAAAUGGAUCUCAAACGGUCCUUUUUAACGCUAACACUGUCUGCGCUGAUGUUGACUCACUGAGCACGUGCAAGAAGGGUCACAUUAUCAUCAUGAGAAGUGCCAAAUGUUUUCUCGAGUUUUGAAGGGUUUUUUUAGCGGCUCUCUGUAAAUUACACAGCGGUAAUUUAUUAAGAGGUACCGUGAAACUGUGAAAAAGCAAAUAAACAUUACAAUCUUCAUAAAUCCAACAUUUAAAUUCAUUUAUUACAAAUACAAAGGUAGUGUUAUUGUAUUAAAAUAUUAUUAUAAUAUUUAAACAACAAUUAAACAAGAGUAAAACAUAAAUAUUUACAAUAACAAACAUUAUUUAUUGCUACACGUGUGCACUGAGCUCCUGCUUCAAAAGUUGCCAUCUCAUGUUUAUACACUUUCCAGGGGUGCGCCGCCAACCCAGGAACAUGAAUGUGAACCCAACAGAAAAGACAUUUAGAGGUUUUAUUUUUAAAAGAGCGGCUGCAGAUACUGAGCAGAAUAUCAGAGUAAAGAGUUCAGGAAGUUUGUCAGAGAAAUGCUGCAGAAAUAGAGAAAGAUUUGACCUCCACUGUCGCUUUGACAAACUCUCUGCGUUUAACUUUAAAUCAUCUGUAUGUGUGUUUUUCCAGUACGUGGCCGUGGUCGUAACCUUCCAGCUGUUCAGGACCUCAGUGACGGUGAGAGAGCUCCCCGACAUCCCAGAGAUCCUCAAAGUCCAGAUGCUGGACCUCAGCACCAAGAUAUCUCAGAGACCAGGAGCUCAGGCCUUCAGGUGAGACUCUCCUCAUCCGUCCUCAGACCGGGCUCAUCUUCCACCGGGACGGUUUUCAGCGUCUGCAUAAAUGAUUGACUCUGAGUCCAUCUCUUUGUCUCUGCAGGAUAGAGGCGGGGCUUCAGCACUGGUACGUUACAGGUCUACAGCAGCAGGGGGCGGUACCUUCUCUCAUCGCCUCAGUGGGGGACACGGCUUCCUCUCUGCUCAGCGUCGUGUUUGAGAUAAACCCCGAGGAGAGCACCGCCGACCAGCUGCUCAGAGUUCACUCUCAGCCCGUGGAGAUCGUCUACGACGCGGUAAAAACAUCUGAGAUAAAAGAAGUUUAAACUCAAGGAGAGCUCAUCUUCUUCUGUUGUUUUCUCAUGUCGUAUCCGCUCAUCUAAAACCCGCGUCCUGCUGUUUUUCCUCCAGCUGACCGUGAACAGUUUGGCCGAGUUCUUCAAAACGGGGAAAGGCGUCGAUCUGGAGGUCCUGACCUCGGCCACGCUCUCCAAACUGGAGGAGUUCAAAGAGAAAACUGCCACAGGUCAGAUCUGCUGUCUUUAACGGGUUUUUAAAGAGCGGACGGGUCUUCAGGACUCUGACAGAUUCUGGUCUCUGCAGGUUUGUCCCACAUCAUCGAGACGAGGAAGAUCCUGGAUCUGAGGAUCGACCUGAAGCCGUCUUACCUGCUGGUGCCGAGGUCUGGAUUUUACAGCAACACUUCAGACCUGAUCUUCGUGGACUUUGGUAGUUUUCAGGUCGGUUCUUGUCCGUAUUUGUGGUUUUGUGAUUAUAUUCCAGGAUGAUUUACAAACUUUGUGUUUCACUUUAUGUUGUGUGUUUGUGUGUGUUUGUGUGUGUUUGUGUGUGUUUGUGUGUGUUUGCAGUUGAACAGUGUCGAGCAGAGCAGUCGCAUCUCCUCUUCGUCCUCCUUCUCGUCUCUGGAGGAAAUCAUGGAUCGAGCCUACGAGAGGUACAACGUGGGGCUUCGGAGAGUCCAGGUGCUCUACUGCAAGUCAGGUACACAAUAAACACACAAACAAACACACAUGUAAGCAAACACACACACACAGCAGCCUUAAAGAGUUUUAAGUAAAUGUGUUUUUGUUGUGCUUUAAUAAAAGGGGAGGCGUGGAAGUCGGCGCGGCUGCAGGAUUCGUCGGUCCAACAUAUUCUCAAACCGAUGGAUUUUAACGUCCAGCUCGCCAAGUGUAUGGUGGACAAAGACGCCAGGAUGCCCAAGUACGUGUGAAGACACGUACCUGUACUUUGAGUACUACUGCAAACUUACUGUGAAUCAUUUCAUUAAAGUCACUGUAAGGAGUUUUUAACCUAAAACUGAAACUGAAGACCUUUAAAAGUAAAUAAGAUCACCAGGAACGAGGCUGAGGAUUUCUCUGUUGUGAUUUUUAACACCUGAAACUAGGGGCGGGCGAUAUUGAAAAAUUCAUAUCAUGUUUUUUUUUUUUUUUUUUUGCUAAAUCACGAUCAAAAAUGAAAAAUAGAAAUAAUAAAUAACAGAUCGUUGUUACUUUCUAAUCCUUCAUGAUCUAAAAUCGUCAGAUCGUACACCCCUGCCUGAAACCGUCAUUAGGGGGCGGGUGUCGGACCAGAUCAUUGGCAGCAAGCAGCCACUUAAGUAGACGAGAUUCUUCUGUGCGAUUAGAGAGAGAUAAGAGGCGUCUUUUUGUCAGCAGGGGGCGCCGAGUCAACACAGAUUAGAAAUUCCUUACUGCAGCUUUAAGUUUCUUGAAAUGUCGUGUAAAACUUAUUAAAAUAUGACAAUAAGACCUGAACUAACUCUCAUCUUUGGACCUGUCAUGUCAGUGAAACUUCAGUGAAGUGUGAUGAGAAAUUUUGAGCAGAAAUAAAACAACUUUAUCAGGACAAAUUAGAGUUUUUUACUGUUUUUGUUUAACAAAAUUGUCCCCAGCUGAUAGUCGUGUCCUGUCUUCCUCCCCAGGUUGAAGGUUUCUGGAGAACUUCCUCUGCUGCAUGUGAAGAUCUCAGACCAGAAGAUCCACAACAUCCUGGAGCUGGUCGAUAGUAUCCCGCUACCCACCAAGGGCUCCACCCCCUCCACCCCCACAGAGAAGGUAGACUUGGUACAGUCCAGUGUUACUGUAGCCACGCCCAUUUAAGAAGAGACUGAAAAUGAAAUUUAAGAGAGGGAUGGAGAAGAAAUUAAAAAAUUUAGAGACCAACUCAGGAUUUUAGAGGCUUAUAAAGGAAUUCUGGUUUUAUAUUUUAGGAUUUAUAUAAAAUGAUUUAGGAGUUAAGAGACCAAUUUAAGAGUUUAGAGAGUUAUUCAGAUUUUUAGGAAUAAAAAUAAUCGUUUUUUUUCUCCCUUUGAGUUUGAAAAAGAGAAUAAUUGAGGAGUUUGAAAGGUUUGUGAAGAGUUUAGGAGAAAAUAAAGGAGAAAAUCGAGGUAGUUUUUGGGACAUCUGAAGAGUCCAGGUUAGGGAAAUCAGCAGCUCUGGAUUGACGUUACCAUAUUUGGGCAUGUUUCCUGCUGCAGGUGCUGCCAUUGGCUGAGGCAAGACCACUCCCACUCAGCCUUCACCCCUCCCUUCUUGAUGCCAUGGAGACAGGUCGGUGCCGCUCAGAUUAAACUCUUAUUUAGUCUUGGUCAUUUGCAUUUCUCUGACUGAGUUUUACAUUUAUUACAUUUUUUAAUUUCUGCUGAAAGUUUUUUUGUUGUUUUUGUUGGGAUGUUGUAAUCGUCGUUUGUGUCGUUUGUUUCAGAUUCCGAUGAAGACGCCAGCGAGAAGUCGACAGACGACGAUCAGCAGCGUCUGGCUCUGGAGGAGCUCACAGACCUUCAGUUCAAGUUUGAAGUCAAAGAGGUUCGUCCGUUUCUGUCUCAGCCGAGGUUGUCAUGUGAUCAACAGAGGGGCGGAGCCUACCUCAAUCUCAUUUGUGGUGUAUUCAGGUGUUGUUGGAGCUGACCCGGCAGGUGGACCAGGAGAAGACGGUCCUCUCCUUCAGCGUCUGUCAGCUUGGAGCCGAGGGGAAGAAACGGACCUUUGACAUGAGCGUGACCUCGUACCUGCGCAGGAUCACACUCGACUACUGCGACGUACCAGGUAACAUCUUGAUGGCCCCUGAUUGGCUCAAAGAAACCAGUUUAAAAACAGGUCGGCCAAUGAAAACGGGUCUGAACCCGGUCUUGUUCAGGUGUAGUUCUUAUUGAAACCUGUUGGUCUUUCAGACGGCAGAAACCGUCCUCUCCACCUGAUCAGCUCAGCAGAGCAGCAGGGCUCCGACCUGCUGAAGGUGGAGUUCAUCAAGGUGAGCACCAACUCAUGAGCUUCUGUCGUGAACGUCAGUCCAGAUGAAGGUGAAGUUGGUGUGAGAUAAAGAAGGUGUGGUUUUUGUGUUUGUCUCCCUGCAGGCGGAGCAGAGCGGUCCCAGCUUCCAGACGAUGUUCAACAACACGGAGCAAACUCUGAAGGUGGGAAAAGAGGAAGAAACAGAAGUGACUCUGUUUCUGUGUCUGACUCUUUGAUAUCGUGUAAAAUCCAGAUUUGAGGAACGCACAUCAGAGCAGAAAUCAGAACCUGUCGCUGAGUCGACUGUCAGGUGUCUCACGGGUGUUUACCUGUCGGUGUUUCAGGUGGAGUUCUCCUCCCUGCACUUCCUCCUCCACACUAAAGCUCUGCUGUCCACCAUCAACUACCUGAACACCGCCCUGCCAAAGAAAACCAGCGCCAGCCGAGACCAGGAGGCGAAAAAACAGGUGGAGAAGAGCGAGCAGGGUCGGACAGGUGAGAUACGAUCGGUGAUACGUGUGCAGAGGUGAGCCAUCAGAUUUAUCAGCAUCUAACAAGAGGAGGCCUCCUGUGUGUGUCUGCAGUGUCUAAAGCAGCCAAAGACAGCGGCGUGAUCAGUUUCAAGCUGUCCGCCGUGUUGGGUUGUUUCCGGGUGGAGGUCUGUGAUGACCGCUGCAGCAUCGCCGACAUCAGAGUCCAAGGUUAGACGUUGUUUUUUCUCUGCUGUUGGCGUUCAGUGAAUAUUCAGGGUUUAUAGAAAUAAAAGACACCUCACUGUCGCCGCCCUGCAGGAAUCGACGCGUCAGUGUUGGUGCAGUCGAAAGAGACGGAGGUGUUCGCUCGACUGAGAGACAUCGUGGUCACAGACGUUAACCCCAACACCAUCCACAGGAAGGUCAGGAACAGAAAACCGUCAUCUUUAUCUCUUCACUUUAUCCGUGUCCAUGUUGACGCUUUCUCUCUCCCUCCCCCUGCAGGCCGUGUCCAUCGUGGGUGAGGAGGUCUUCAGCUUCAAACUGUCCCUGUACACGGGUGCGACGGAGGGGGAGGGGUACAGCGACAUGUCCAAGGUCGACGGGAAGGUCACGAUGCGUCUGGGCUGCAUCCAGAUCGUCUACCUGCACAAGUUCCUCAUGUCGCUGCUGGUCAGAUAUUUGAGAUACAAACACACAAUGAUACCUGCAAACAUGGAGUCACAAAAAACUCACAAUAUCUCACUUUUAACACUUUUGUGUCUAAGUUUGUGUGUCUUCAGUGUUCAGUGUCUCAUGAUUAUGAAACAAAAACAGAAAUAUCAAAAAAUAACCUUGAACAGGUGUUUAGAUUGAAGCUUGAUGACUGUGUCAGGAACGGGAUCCUGCGAAUGUCACUGACCCAGAUGUAGCUGCUGCCAACAAAGAUUGAACCAACUCAUGAUACAGAAAAGAAGAUUAAAGCAAAGAAAGGCCUGAAAAGUCUGACUUUGAUACGCCUGGACUUUCUUAGACUGGGCUGAGGUGACACACCUGCUGCUUUCAGAGCAAACUGUCAAUCAAAGAUGAGGCCGUCCUUCCUGACAAGACUCUUCAGAAAAAUGUGAAAAAGGCCGAAGUUCUUGUCGUCUUUAAUCGAACAUAGUGCCUGUCUGUUACUCUAAACAUGUCACGUAUCGAUUACCCUCUGCUGCAGACAUUUGUGUCUUGUGUUGGUGAAGUUGUUGGAAACCAGAAUCUGCUGGUGGAGAUAUAAAAACGCCUCUAAUUCAACCAAAACACACAUUUAAUUUAUAGACAAGAAGUCAAAGACACUUAGAGUUAUAGUGAGUCUGGUGAUUAUUGUUUCGGUGUAGUUUCUUCUACCCACUCUUCUUCUACUCCUCUGACUCGGUACAUAAGACACCACAGACACCACAGGAGCCUCAUUUAGCAGUAAAGCUCUACAUCAUAAAGUACCGACAGUGUGAGAGGUGUCAACAGAUGUGUGUUGUGUCUCCUGUGGCAUGUGUUUCUCUACAGCUGUGUGUCUCUCAUGUUUCUGCUCUGUUUGAUGUGUUCUGUUCUUCCAGGCUUCUUUUAGCUUUCAGUAUUCGUCUGCUGAUGAGGUACAGCUCCCAGCAUGCACCUCUGAACUGCAUCUAACCUGCUGCUUUAGCUCCACUCAGGACUCCACAGCACUUUCAGUCCACCUUAAACAUCAUCUGGUUGAAGAGCGAUAGAUAGGCCGCGGCCGUGUGUUCGGACUGAGCUGAAUAUGCCGAUGAAGUUUGCAUCCAGUUUGACUCGAGGAGAGAAGUGCACUUCGAUUUUACAACCCGGGGUCAGAACGAGUUAGGACUCUGUGAGCGAUGUUGAUGGAAACAGAAUUUGAUGGUCCUCAAAUUAUUUACUCAGGAAUUAUGACGACAAAAACAACAUUUAAAAACUGAAACUGCAACAGGUUUCAAAAAGGUUGGGAUGGUACAGAGGCGUAUUGCAUUCAUCCAAAAAAAAAAAACUCUGUUUUUCAGAGUUUUUUCUGUUCUGUUCUUUUGACCAUUUUUUUUUUCUUUUCUGUUUUUUGGAAUUUUUUUCCCUCUGUUUUUCAGACUAAUUUUUCUAUUUUUCAGGCUUUUUUUGCUUUGGGUUGUAGACUAUUUUUUUGUUUCGUUUUUAGACUAUUUUUUGUUUUGUUUUUUAGACUAGUUUUUCUUUUGUUUUUUCAGAAUAUUUUUUGUUUUGAUUUUUGAACUAUUGAUUUGUGACUAUUUUUUGUUUUGUUUUUCAGACUUUUUUUGUUUUGUUUUUUUAGACUUUUUUUUUUUCAGACUAAUUGUUUUUACCUCUUCUCUUGGAUCAUUUUAAUUUAGAAUCAGAUGCUUUCACCCCCUCAACUGGAUUUAUUAGAAGCAAACUUGGUCCUUUUUGUUUAGUUUAAUCAAGUUUUAUUUUCUUUUGGGUUUGAGACUCAGGAAGAUCCUUCGUUCUUUAAGUAAGAUAGGUGGAAUCCUCCCAAGUUUGUCUACUUUGCGCAGGCAACGAAAGACAAAAAAAUUCUCAAAAAAACAGUUUCCCUUUUUCUUUCUUUUUUUGUAAGUGAAUGCAAUACGCUUCUGUAGGACAGAGAAAAAAAACAUACUAAAAAAACAGAUGAAGGAGCAUCUCUGAAAUAAUGAACUUCUAACAGGUUAGUUAGAGAGGCUGAGUCUGUCAGAAGGAAAGACACAAGAGGUUCACCGCUCUGUGAGAAACUGCUUAUAUCUGCUGAUAUUGAAAGGGAUAUUAGGGACCAAAACCAAGACUGGUCCUGAUCUUCAGGGCAUCAGGGUUAGGGUUAGGACUGAGGAGACCCUGAACUGUUGAACAUCUGAAAUCCUGCAGUAUAUUUUUCAUAAACAGUGAAAUGUUUCAGUUUAAUUAUUUGAUUUGUCGUUAAAUGUCGACUUUAAAUCAGAUUCUGUUUCUCUGAGCGUUUCACGCAGCGUCCUGACUUUGAGGAUCUCAGGGUUGUAUUAUCAGUCGGAGGAGAAACAAUAGGAACUCAUGUUUUUUCAUGCACAGCGUACGACAGUGAACCUCCAUCAGUGCUAUGCAAUUCACUCAGCUGCCAUCACUGACCCCUCCUCACUGCCCGGCCCCCCGUUUGUCACAUGACCUCUGCCUGUGGGACCUCACCUCACCUCCCUUUUUUAAUGGUUUCUAAUUUUAGUGGUUGUUUCGAAAACCUUCAUGAACGUUUAACGGCUACACUUCCUUAUAUUAACUGACAAACUGAGAGUGUUUUGGUUUAAAAUGAAGUAAAAAGUUUAUUUUUCAGACCUUUUUUAAAGUCCGGGUCAUCAGAUCAAGUUCUGGUCUGAGAGGUCGGAUCGUUCAUUUAAAGGUUUUCCAAACAGAAAUGAUUGAACGCCUCACUAUGGCUUCCUUUGACUCGGCUCCUUCCUCCUGUGUCUCUCCUCCUCAUCCUCCUCUCCUCACUCCUGUUUUUUUGUUUCUUCUGCAGAUGUUCAUCGAUAACUUCCAAACGGCUAAAGAAGCUCUGAGCGCUGCGACCGCUCAGGCGGCCGAGAAGGCGGCGUCCAGCGUCCGUGGCUUCGCUCAGAAGAGUUUCCGUCUGUCCAUGGACAUCAAGCUGAAGGCUCCGCUCAUCAUCGUCCCCCAGUCCUCCACCUCCCAGAAUGCAGUGGUGGUGGAUCUGGGUCUGAUCACGGUGGCGAACAGUUUCUCCCUCCUGCCGGCUGAUGGGUUUCCUCUCCCUGCGGUGGUGGAGAAGAUGGACGUCAAACUGACGCAGCUGAAGCUCUCCAGGUAGGAAACAUCGGAGGUCCUCGGAGUCAGAAACCGUCAUCAGAAUCAGAAGUCCGAUAUCCUGUCUACCUCAUGUGUUUCAGAACCACGCUGAAACAAGGACCCUCUCAGAGGGACAUCGAGAUCCUUAAGCCAAUCAACUUAGAGCUUCUCAUCACCAGGAACUUGGCUGCUUCCUGGUUCACCAAGAUCCCUGGAGUCCAGGUCCGGGGAGUCAUCCACUCCCUCAAUGUAAGCUGCGUCUGUUUGCUGUCCUUCAGAUCCAGAUUAAGAUGUUUGUCGAGACCUGAAAGUGUUUCUGUCACGGUUAGAUGAGUCUGGGCGAGGAGGACCUCGGAGUGCUGAUGAAGAUCCUGGUGGAGAACAUCGGGGACGGCGAUAAGGAGCACAGCACGGACGUUAAGAAGAAGGUGGCUCAAGGUAAGGGUGAAGAAGAGAGGGAGGAUUAGAGAUGCUGAAAACAGAUCCAUGUGGUUUUCAACGACCCGGUUCCCUCCACAGAGAAGGCGGAGCAGCAGGUCGAGGUCCUGCCUUCAGACUCAGGAUCAAACGGGGUUCUGGUCGCCACCAACGGAGAUCUGACGGAAAACACCAUCAACGUCCUCCUCAACUUUGAAAUCAAAGAGGUACAAAUCCAAAACUCAGCAAGGAGUCUGGCAGGGAUGGGAAUUGAUAAGAUUUUAUCGAUAUCGAUGUCGUUAUCGAUUCUGCUUAUCGAUUAAAUUCUUUAACGAUUCCCUCAUCAAUGCCUUUCUUUGAUUAGAUUAUAGAUUUCAUCAUGAACUCAAAAUUUUAUCGAGUCUCUGAUGACAGAAAAAGACGUCUGCCACCUUCAGUGAGAAUCUAAAAAUAAUCAAACAAAAACGUUAUUUUUACAGCGUUUCUGACGUGACGCUUAGCAGCAGCUGAUGACCGGCGGAGAACAUCGAAUACAUGUGACUCCUUAUAUCUGCUGCCGUGCCCCGUUGACAAAUGUUGUUGCUGGUGUUUCCACUUUUGCGUGUUAUCGCUGCUCGACAAACUUUAAUAAUAAUAAUAAUAAUAAUACAUUUUAUUUGAAGCGCCUUUCACGUCACUCAAGGACACUUUACAGAACAUAUAAAAACAAUAAUAAAACACUAUUAACAAUUAAAAUCAUUAAUCAUCAAACAGUUAAAAUCAACAAAGCAAAAUUAAACAUGAACAACAGCAAAGGAAUAAAUAAAGAAAUUAAUAAUACCAAUUGAAAUUUAAUUAAAAAAAGGUGGAGAGAGGAAGAGGACCGGAGGUGGCAUGCUGGAGUGGCGAUGUGGAGGAGGUCAGAUAGGUAAGGAGGGGCGAGGUUGUGGAUGGCUUUGAAGGUAUACAGGAGGAUUUUGAACUAGAUUCAUAGAGGAACCGGGAGCCAGUGAAGCUGCUGAAGGAUGGGGGUGAUGUGGUACACUCUUGUUGUCUCCUUUAGUAAAAUUAAACCACGCUUUAGUUCAUUUCUGCCGACUUUUCGUACCGUCUGUCGUGUUUUUUUCUCUGUCUCUGUUCUCGUUCACGUAGACUGGCACUCGCAAGACCGUUUUCAAGGCACCCGGAAGAAAGGAAUCGUUAAGGGAAUCUUUAAGAUAAAAUGUAAAUGAUGUCGAUGGAUUGAACUAUUUGGAACCAGUUCUCAACAAGAACCGGUUCUCGAUUCCCAUCCCUAGAGUCUGGACCAGGUUUCAGAGGAUUUGAGGUCCCAUAGAACCAGGUCCUGCAGAUAUCCAAUCACCUUCUCUGUUUUUUGUUCCCUCCUGUAAGGUGCUGCUGACCCUGAAGAAACCCCUGGAGCAGAAAGAGUCUCCUUUCCUGAUCUUCCACUUGGCUCAUCUGGGCAUCGACACCAAAGUGCGAAAGUACGACAUGUGCGCCUCGACGUACAUCAAAAAGAUCACGCUACAGUGUCAGGAGUUCAAAGGUCAGAGCCUCUCAUGGGUCAGCUGAAGCAGAUCUUUAAGUCUUUUAGGGGACAGAGACUGAUGAUGGAGACUUUUGUGUCCCUGUCGUUUCAGACUGGAACGGGGAGCCGCUCUGUCUCAUCAGCUCGUCUGUGGAAACCGGAGCAGAGCUGCUCAAAGUCCAGUACUUCAAGGUGAGGACUUCAUAAGAUCUGUCACAGCAGGAGAUCAUGUGUUUGAUGGACCUGAACAUCUUCUGAGUGUGAGUGUGUUUCUUUAAGGCGGACCGCUCAGGACCAAACUUCUCGACCACCUACAAGAACACAGAGAAGAUGAUCAACGUGAGUCCACCCGCUCUUCAUAUCUGUGUGAUGAGGGGGGUCUGGAGGCUGUUUCUGGUUCUUUUGAGGUCACAGAACAGCUGUGGGAUUAGGAGUUGGCAAAGUCAGGGUCCUGGAAAACCUGGACAACAGCUAACCAGUUUUCCUGGAAAACUCCUGGAAAAUGGGAGAAAAAGUAAAAUGUCCCGCAAGAUUAUUUUUAGGGGACUUGAAUACCGCCCAAUCAUGCAGAGAGUUUGGGGGUCUGCUCCUCAAAACUUCUCUUGCAGGCCGAGAACUCAAUUACCGUAAUAUAGCUAGUAGAAGUGCAAACUCCUGAUAGUGAAAACAAACGGAACAAAAAGAGCGACACAGCUGCACAGAAACUGCACGUUGUAGACCUCUCUGAUCAAAAUAGACAUCGCCACGCAAGAAGACCGUUUGAACAUUUUGCGUCUUUUAUAGCGGUGCGAAUUUUCCAGAGUUUACGGUAAUGUUAUUGAUGACAUUUUAGCGUGCACUUAUCGCUGUUGUCUGUCUUCCUUGCCAACUGAGCUGCAGUCUUACUUCCAAACCGUUAACCGCUAUGAGCCCCGCAAAAGUUAGAGUGAAAUACAACUAUUUCGUAUCUUAGAUAAACGCCAACUGACAGCAGUGUUUAUAAACUUGUCAAAGAUAAAACAUGAAAAUGCGUUUUUAUGCACAAUGAAUAAAUAAAUAAAAAAUAAAAACCCUUCAUUAUAGAGCGACGCUUCACUUCCAUACUGAACCGAUAGAAGUGAAGUUUCUCCAUCAUCAUUUGCAGAAAACGAUCGAGUUUCCUCCUGAAACAUAUUUAAAGUAACUCUAAAAUUACAGACGUAUGAAUCUAUAUUUUUUCAUCACUUAUCUUCUCUCUCUCUCUUUUUCUCUCCCUUUCUCUCCAGGUGACCUUCACCUCCCUCGACCUCAUGCUUCACACCGAGGCUCUGCUGUCGACCAUGAACUUCCUGUCCGCUGUGCUGUCGUCUGUCAGCGUUUCCUCUCCAGAGAAAGAGAUCAAAUCGAAGACGGAAGACAAGACGGUGUCGGCCAAGUCCGGUCAGUACAACAAACAAUCACACCUAAUAACCCGAUAGUAACCCGAGUGACAAAUAAAGUGCUGUAGGUCUAAAAACAUGUCGUUGUUUUUUCCUGUUAGCCGCCCCGGUGUCGCCUGCAGACAGCGAGGUCAUCGACCUGAAGGCGAUGAUAAAUCUGGGCGCCUUCAACGUCCUGGUGUGCGACCAGAGCUGCAGCAUGGCGGACAUCAAGAUUCAAGGUUCUGGAAUCGCUCUUCUGGUUUCUUUUUUGCUGUUUUCCUCUCAGCAAAAACUCUGAAGUAUCUGAUGGUUUCUUUCAGGAAUAAACGGCUCUCUGUUGAUGCAAGGAUCACAAACUCACAUCUCAGCCAGUCUGAGGGACUUCCUGGUCCUGAACAUCGAUCCGAACAGCAUCCAUGACAAGGUGAGCUGAGUGUGGCUGAAAACAGCGCAGCUCUGUAGUAGAAGUGUCCUGCUGAUGAACUCUGACCUCUCCGUCCUUCAGGCCAUCUCCAUCGUGGGCGAUGAGGUGUUCAGCUUCACCAUGAGUCUGACUCCUAAAGCCACAGAAGGUGAAGGUUACGCCGACACCUCCAAAACCGACGGCCGCCUGAAGCUGAAUGUGGGCUGCAUCCAGGUGGUGUACCUGCACAAGUUCAUCAUGUCUCUGCUGGUGAGUUUCAAACACCUCCGUCAGACUUUUGUGUGGAAAUGUUCACGUCGAUAUAAAUGUUCAUUUUCUUUCCAUUCAGAACUUCAGCAACAACUUCCAGACGGCGAAAAAAGCCGUGAGCGCCGCGACGGCUCAGGCCGCAGAGAAAGCGGCGUCCAGCGUUCGAGACUUCGCCCAGAAGACUUUCCGUCUGUCCAUGGACAUCAAGCUGAAGGCUCCGCUCAUCGUCAUCCCCCAGUCCUCCACCUCCCAGAAUGCACUAGUGAUGGACUUGGGUCUGAUCACGGUGGCGAACAGUUUCUCUCUGCAGCACGUCAAAGGAUGUCCACUACCGGCUGUGAUUGACAACAUGGAGGUCCAGCUGACUCACCUGAAACUCUCCAGGUCAGAUUCUAAGAUCUGCACAGAUUAUAAUCCUGAAGGUUCUGGUCCAAACCGUUAACUCUGUCCACAUGAACAUAUCUGUCUGUCAGGACCUGCAUGGACCCGGCUUCAGGUCGACCCAGCAUCGAGCUGCUGGAACCCGUGAACCUUCACCUCAACAUCAAGAGGAACCUGGCAGCUUCCUGGUACAAGAAAAUGGUUGCCGUGGAAAUCGUUGGAGAUCUGAAGCCCAUGAAGGUAGGAAGAGGAGGAGAUGGAGGAAGGCGGAGUAUUCCGGUCCCUUCAAUAUAUUUAUAAUACACUAAUUAAAAUAAACUUUCCUCCCACCACUACAGGCGUCACCUUUUUACCGUCUGAAGUUCUGUUAAGUUUCUUCUCAAUCUUUAAAAAUCUGCAGAGAAACAUUUUCCUUUGACAGCCUGUCAGCUCAGAUCCCGCUGCGCUGCUCUGCAGGGGCGUGUCCAGACUCUGGGGUGGCUCUGACAGAGGUUGGGGUGGCUGGAUUAUUCAUACUUAACCAUUCUGUCUUCACUUUCUACUUCCAUCACAACUGUCAUUAAAGAGUCUUAAAUCCGUUCAUUCAUUAAAUUUUCAAAAAUAAAACACAAAAUGAAAAAAGGAGAAAAUGAAUUGUUUUCUAAUAUUCGUCUCUAAAUAGAAAAUGAAAAAAUAGAUAACAGCUCAUUUUCCGAUUUCUGUUUUCUUCAGCUCAAUAAAAAUGAGAUAAAUGGAUGACGACAGUUUGAUCUGAUUCAAACUUUUUUGUCUGUAGUAAGUUUUGCGACCUUGAAGUGAACCUUACUCAGACGUCAAGAAAACAAGAAACCGGCUUUAUCGUUACGGCUGGACUCAAGAAUUAUUCAGAGCUUAUACGCCCCUAGCUGUGUGUCUGUUCCGUGUCCUUUUCUCCUCAGGUUGUUUCGGGCACAGAACCUUCUUACGGACACGUCAGAACACCUCGGCGCUCCUGCCUCCUGCAGCGCGGUGGAAAUCUCUGCAUGAGUUUUUCCAUCCUGAAUAAAGUGCCAUAUGAGCUCUGAAUAAUUCUCAAGUCCAACUAUGACGCCAAAGCCCGUUUCUUAAUCAUUUCCAGGUCAUGAAACUUUCUACAGACGAAAAACUCUAAAUCAGAUCAAAUUGUUUUUAUCCAUUCAUCCCAUUUUCAUUUGAGCUGAAGAAAACGGAAUUUGGAAAAUGAGCCGUUCUCCAUUAAUUCAUUUUCGUUUUUAAGAGGAACAUUUAGAAAAUUAUUCGUUUUCUCGUUUUUUCAUCUUUGGUUUUAUUUUGAAAAUCAAAUGAACGGAUGAUACGCAGAUUGUUUUACAGUCAUUAUAAUCCUAAAUAUAAUUUUAGAAUAACAAUCUAUCAUAGGUAAAUGUGCGUUAACGAUAUGACAGGAUGUGGUCGUCAUGUGACAGUCUGACCUCCGGCUCUGUAACCGACUCUGUCUAACUCCUCUGUUCUCGUUUUUGCAACCAGCCAGCUUUUCCGCCUCCAAAGGUACUUUUGCGUCCUGUAGUGCUGAUGUGCAGAACCACUAGAAUCCUCUGUGUAGAGAAAACUCAGAUCUGUGACUCGACAGGCUAGAGUCCCCGUAGAGGUCAAAACCAGGACCAGAAAGUCUCCAUCAUGGAGUCUCAGCAGCUGUGUGUGAUCAGGGUUUGGUUUCUGCUCCGUCUGAAGGUGGCGCUGAGUCAGGACGACCUGAAGGUGCUGCUGAAGAUCCUGAAGGAAAAUCUGGGAGAGGCGAGCAGUCUGGAGCCCGCUGCCCCCAAACAGGAGACCGGUCUGCAGGUCCGAGCGGCAGGAGCCCCCCCCACAGGUCUGGUUCUGGUUUGGUUUCCUGAUCCAGGUUUUCUCUCGGUUCCUGUUAAAGUGUUUUUGAUGAGCUGGUUUCUGUUUCCUGAGUUCAGAAGAUGUCGAGAAGAAGACUGUGAGCGGUGACGAAGAGGAGGAGGAGGAGGAGCCGAUGGAGACCAUGAAGUUCAACUUCAGCAUCGAGUCUCUUGGUUUGGUUCUGUACGGCAACGACCCCACGCAGGUGAGAAGAACCGAGACCGGUCCCUCAUGGUCCAGGAGAGUCAGGUCUGUGGAGGCCUGAAUCCUGGAUCAGAGACGGUCAAUAAUCAGCUGAUCCAAAAUCAAACGGUCCAGAAUCAGUCCGGUUCUGCUGGAUUGGGUCGAUGAUUGUCUGUCAUUGUGAUUCUCGGUCCUGCAGCCCUCCGACCUCCGACACCAAGAGGACCUGAGGCUGGGUGAGUUCGCUCUGCACCUGCUGAAGACCUCAGGGAAGAUCCUGAACAAUGGCAGCAUGGAGGUGGGCCUGGUCCUCACUGACUGCACUCUGGACGACCUGAGGACCGGCAUGGAGAGGGUGACCUCACGGUAGGACUUUGACAUGAUUAGGGACUCCACGACUCGUCCAGAAAGUCUUAAACACCCAAAAAAUGUGGACUUGAUUAUCAUGAAAAGUUCGUUUUUGCAGCAGAAGUUCCUUCUCAUCUUCAUCCUCCCCUCUUUGUUUUAUUCCUGCGUCAUUCUCACCCGCCGUUUCUCCGUCUCUGUCUUCUGCGGCGGCUGCAGGAUGCUCGGGCGUAAAGCCGAGCAGAGCUCAGAGGUGAUGAUCGAUGUGACGUACCGACAGAGUCCAGCGGAAAAGGAGGUGGUGGCCAUCCUGCAGAAACUCUACCUCUGUGCCAGCAUAGAGUUUCUGAUGGCGGUCGCAGAUUUCUUCCUGAAGGCUCUGCCGCAGAGUCCGGCCACGAGUGCUGCGUCUGCACAGAGCGACAGGCUGCCGCUGAAACAGACGACCGAGCCGCGAGUGGAGUCAAAGACCGGUGAGACCAGGAGACGCUUAAAUGUUAUUAAUCCUUCAACACAAACUUCAUAAAAUCACCACAAAACCAUCAUCUUCUCCCCGCAGCCUCGGCCAUGAAGUCUCGUUUCCGGGCGGUGGUGGUUGACCCGGAGGUGGUGUUCGUGGCCAGCCUGAUGAAGGCCGACGCCCCCGCCCUCGUGGCCUCUUUUCAGUGUGACUUCACGAUGCAGAGCGAGGCGGACGGGACCCAGAACAUGAGGGCCAACCUGGGGAAGCUGAAAGUCCUGGCCUGUCCCUUCAUACGUGACGAGGGGGACAGCGGCGUCACCACAGUAAGAUGAUAGACAGGGUGGAGUUACGCUGGUCCAGAUGACCCUGGAGGUCUUUGCUGCUGCUCUGCCUGCCUUUAGUUUUAAAACAGGGAAGCAUGAGGAACAGAGCCAGACCGCCAAGUACAGCCUAAGUGGUCUAGACCGAUCUGGACUGAGAAUCUUGUUUUUAUGGAUCCGUAGUGAUCAUUUUAAAUCAGGUGAUUUUGGUCUGAUAUCAAACACAGUCAUUAAAGCUCCUGUAAGGAACUUUCCGUUCAUGUCCGUUUUGUCGCCCCCUGUUGUUUUUCUUGUCCUCUACAUGCUGAAGAAGUAUUUUUGAUGAAAACAUCUCACCCUGCUGACUUUUAUUGUCAAUAUUUCAUGUUUAAUACUGACCCCUCCCCCCUCGGCUCAGUUACAGAAACUGUUGAUCCUCUCCUGAUUUACAGAAAUGUCCAAAAAACUCUUCAGAGGAGCUUUAACAUCGAUGAAAACAGAGCGAAAUGAUUCUUUAUGUAAACUUGAAGGUUGCGCUGCACGAUUAAUCGAUUUUAAAUCCUAAUCGGAUUAUUUGAUUUUCCACAAAAUCGUGCAGCCCUACCUGGAGGGAAACAUGAUCCUCUCUGACUCAUCAGUCCUCUCCAUCCAACAGGUUUUGAGGCCCUGCUCUGUUGCCUUGGAAACCAAAACACAACAGAACCAACCGCUGAGCGGCUCUGUGGUGGUGGAGGAGGUCAUCGUCAAGGUGCGGCUCUGAGUGACAGGAGGAGUGAAUGUAUUAAUAAUCAAAUCUAUGAAUCAAUAACUUGUUUUAUUAUUUUAACCUUUCAUAGAUUUUGUCCUUUUGUUUUCACUCUGCUGUUUGAAAAUUAAUCAGAUGAGUUCAGACUGUUUCUCGCUCUUCAGAUGUUAAUAUUCAGGUUCUGAAGCGACUCUGAGUGAAACCUUCGUCUGUCCCUCUGCAGAUCUCUCCCUUCAUCCUGAACACAGUCAUGACCAUAACGGCCGCCAUGACAGCCAAGAAGAAAGACGAGCAGAGCACAGAAGCCAAAGUCGACACCUCCAGUCUGUGGUCCGUCAUGAACAUCUACGGAUGUAACUACUGGUUCCUGGGAGUGGACCAGGCCAUGGAGGUCACCGAGAGCUUCUCAGAGCCCGACAAGUGCCAAGAGGGCGAGAGCUUCGCUGCAGAGAUCAAAGUCCGUAACUCCAGAUCUGACUCUGCAUCUUUUCCACACUAGGGGGCGCUGCUAUCAUCUUGUUGAUGUGUUGUUUUUGCCUCACAGGUGGUCCAGGUGACUCUAGAGUCCGGUUUAGGUCAUCGGACCGUCCCUCUGCUGCUGGCCGAGUCCUCCUUCAGCGGAUCAGCCAAGAACUGGUCGUCUCUGCUGCAGCUGAGAGCGGACAUGACGCUGGAGGUGAGAGCUGAUGACCUUCACUUCUGUCAUUUAUAUUUUAUGUUUAAUUUAUCCUUCGUUCAUGGAAACAGCUUAGAUCUGAACAUGGCGUCUGACGUGUUUUGUUUAGGUGAACUACUUCAAUGAGACCCACGCAGUCUGGGAGCCUCUGAUCGAACGGGUGGACAGCGGCAGGAGGAGGUGGAACCUGGAGGUGGAGGUAAUCUGCGAACAGUCACUGAAACCUCUGAUUGGACAAAUGUUUGUGGUUGAAGAAGAUCCUCUGAUUUUCUUGUACACUAGAUCACAUCUUGAGGUCUCACACAAACCCGUCCAAAGGGUCUGUCAGUCUGGAUAAUUUCAAGCCGGGGUCAAAUACACUCGACCAAUCACAGUCCUUUACUUAGAGAUAGGGCGGGUUGUUUAAACCUAAAUGCAAACAACCAAGAUGGCAGCGGUCAAUUUAGGGAGGUUUAUGGUUCUUCUGCAGCUGUUUGACAAGAACUGGACCUUCAGAACCCUGGACUUUCUACUUUGGGGUGAUGGUUUUACAGACAGUAAUAUCAUUUUAUAUUUCUCUCCUGCAGAUGAAGAACAGCCCGCCCCAGGACAAGAGUCCUGUUCAUGGAGACGACUUUGUCAUCCUGCCCGAACCUCGCACAGCCCUCAGCAUCUGCUCCAAAGACACCAUGAACAUCACGAUCUCCCAGUGCACCCUGAACGUCCUGCAGAACCUCUCCAAGGUACAAAACACCAACGACCAGAUCAGCCGUCAGACAUGAGCUCUUCUGUGAUUUAGGGAGUGAAAAAGAAGCUCUGUGGUUUUAAUCGAACACUCUUCUGAUCAGGCUUUUUCAGAGGGCACGGCCUCCACCUUUGACCACUCCAUGAAGGAGAAGGCCCCCUUCACCAUCAGGAACUCUCUGGGGAUUCCUCUCAUCGUGCAGCACAGCGCCAACCUGAAGCCCGUGUCCUCGCCAGCGCAGGGGAAACUGCACGAGCUGCAGGUGGACCAGAUUAUGGACCUGGAGCACUCCAUGUUCGAACCCUCGUCACGGGGCAAACUGUCGGCUCUGCAGCGGCAAGAAAGCUGCAUGUUCAACCUCUCCAUCGGUCAGAAUACCUUUAUUUCUCUCUCCUCUCUUCUUCUUUGCACACUUCUCUGUACAAAUACUUUUAUCCGCAGUGCUGUGUCGGUGCCGGACCUUCUCCAAAAUACCUGAUCAGUCUUUGAUCCUUUAGUUCCCUCCGGAUACAGCGAGAUCUCCAACAUCGCUGUGGACAAACCGGGUCGUCGUCUCUACAACAUCCGGGGUCCGAUGCAUCAGGAGGCGGUUUCUGUGCUGAUGCAGAUCGACGCCGCCGAGGGGAACAAGGUCAUCACUGUCCGCUCACCGCUGCAGGUCCGAGUCACAAACACUCGAAUCUUUUCUUCACAGCUCGACAGAAGUUUGCAGGAGUCCAAAGAAAAGUCUAACUGUUCAGCUGUUUGUGUUUUCAGAUCAAGAACCACUUCUCAGUGCCGUUCACCGUCCUGAAGUACUGCUCCACCUCGAGGAGCCUGGAGGCCAUCGGUCAGGCCCAACCGGAGACGGAGUUUCACAUCCCAUUAGAGGCAUACAGGUAGACUCACACUGAUUGGACAUCAUUUAGCAUCAGAACAGGUUUCAUGGUUAAUUCUGCUGAUUUCUCCUCCAUCUUCAGUCAUUCAGUUUCAUCAAAGAAACAGAAAAGAGAAGAAGUUCUUCUUCUGCUUUGGGUUUAUAAUUAUAAAUUUAGUCCUGUGGUCAUUGGAGUCCAAUAACUGACUCUUUUUUUCUGAUUUUAUUACUAUUAUUAUCUUUAAGGGUUUUUAAGUUUUUACAUGCAUCAUUAAACAUUAUCAUCAGGUGCACCAAAAAAUCAAAACGAACAAACAGCGGUAACCUCCAGUCCUAAUUCAUAAGUGCUAAAAACUGCAAUUCCUCAUCUGGCCACUAGAGGCUGGUUGCAAUAGAGCCACUUACAAUCGCAUAUUUGCCCCCUGAUUAAACCCCAGAAUAAAGUGUUACCAAAAUAGUAGAGAUUGAAGAAAUUCAUUGAUGCAUCGUGAUGUUUCACGUGAAAAUUCAGCAUCGAUUAAUUAAUUAACGUUGAUGCUUGAAUAUAUAAAUAAAUAAUAACGUCGAUGCUUUGCCGCAAGGCCAGAACAAAAAAAAAGGGAUCCAGAAUCUCAACGCACGCCACCCGGGCUGUUUAGUGAGUGGGACCACAACAAACAGAGCAUGUUAGUUUCUUUGCAAAAUGUCAACGGCUUCAGCAGCCUCCAGAGAGUGGCGGCUGAUUCUCUCGCCACCAGGGUUGACUGCAACCAUGUGGAGGUACUUUUAGAUUUUAUGAGAGAGCAAACAAGACGACUGACGAGAUCUACGCGAAGAUUUGCAAAAAUAAACUACCUCAGCAACAAAACAACAAACAUGAGGCAGCACCUCGUACGCUUUCAUCCCGAAAAAGAGAAGUCUCCUCCGGUCGUGUCGCCACACAGAGGACCAUCCUGGAGACGGUCUCCAAACUUCAAAGUCUAAGUGAAGUCGGUCAAAGUGUAAAUGUUUACAUAAAGGUCAUAUAAUAAAAUAUUUUGAAUUCAAAUGUUCAAAAAAACCUUAUUAUUUACUUAUUGAGUUCAGUUUUAGAGGAACUGAGUGAAUUGAUCUAGUUACAAAUGUGAAGACGAAGACAAAAUCAAUCUUGUAUGGAAAAAAACCCCAUUAAAAAUGGAAAUAACCGAAGAAUCUAAUCUUGAGGUACCCUUGUUGGAACACCCCUACAAAAUAAUAGGUAUCACGUUGUCCACAGGGGGGCGCCAAAGUCAGCUCAUGCUUAAACGUUCCCUCUUGGAUCUUUAAGGAGAGGUUCAUGAUGUGUAUUUCUCCGCCUCCUCAUCAGAUGUCAGCUGUUUGUUCAGCCGGCUGGAAGCCUCGAAGGUCAGUAUCGUCAGUCCUCCACCUGCGUGGCGUGGAAGGAGCAGGUGCACCGUAGCGCCGAAGUGCGGUCGGUGCUGCAGUGUCCAGCCACAGACAGCGGCCUGAUGUCUCUGUCGGUCAGCACGCUGGCCGUCCCCGACAACCUGCAGCACAUCUCCAACCACGGAGAGGAGGACUGGGACCCCGCCUACGUCAUCCACCUCCACCCUGUGGCCAUGCUGCGAAACCUGCUGCCUUACACCAUCCGCUACAUGAUGGAGGUAAACAGAGACACAGAGAUGGUCUCUAGAAACCAGGUCAAGGAUCAUAAUAUUUUAACGUGGUUUGUCUGGUCGGGUCUCUUCCUUCUCAGAACUCUCCGGACUUCUUCGAGCUUCAGGAGGGCAGCAUGUCGGACCUCCUGAACGCUCGUGUCUCAGGUGAGAUCUUGUCCGUGGUGCUGUUGAAGUAUCAGGGCCGGGACUGGCACGGACACAUCCGGAUCGAUCAGGAGGUCCCUGAGUUCUUCGCCGUGUGUCUCACCUGCGACGCCGACACCAGCAUGACCUUAGACGUGAGCAUUCACGUGACACGGACAUCGAGCCGCAUGCAGCUGUCCAUCUUCUGCCCGUACUGGAUCAUCAACAAGACGUCCCGCGUGCUGCAGUACAGAGCGGAGGAGGUGAGCGUCAAACAUCCGGCCGACUUCAGAGACAUCGUCCUGUUCUCCUUCAGGAAGAAGAACGUCUUCAGCAAGAGCAAGGUGAGCACGAACGCCCGUGUCCUUCCUCUACGACGAACAAAAUACAGAUUUAUAAGAAAAAUAUGAGCUGCUUUAAGAGGGACGAAAGAUUUCUACGAUUUACUUAAGUUUUCACAGUUUCAGGUUUUUGAAGCGUUGAGACCAAAGUAAGAGUUUGUUCUGAUUUUUGACGGUUUCCUGUACUCCAGUAAAGUCCUUAUAUUUCAGUAUUUUUGAGUUUGAUUUCUGUUUCUGCGGAUUUUUGUCACAAUUUCCACCUUUUUUCAAUGUUUUUAUCUGAAAAUAUGUCGACGUCAUCUUAAUUUUGUUGUUUUUUGUCCUUAAAGAUGAGAGAUGAUAUUAACAACAGACUCUUGUGUUGUCGUCGUCGUUGUUUCAGCUCCAGUUGUGCGUCUCCACCAGCGCCUGGUCUGACGGUUUCUCUCUGGACACUGUGGGAAGUUACGGCUGCGUUCGCUGUCCCGCCAACAACAUGGACUUCCUGGUAAUCUUCAGUCCCGUAUAUUUCUAAAAUUGAAGUUCUCUUGGAGGUUUAUUCCUGAGGGGAUCCUUUUGUGUGUCCAGGUGGGGGUCAGUAUCCGGAUGAGCAGUUUUAACCUGACCAGGAUCGUCACCAUGAGUCCUUUUUACACUCUGGUCAACAAGUCGUCGUACGAGCUGGAGGUGGGAGAGGUCACCAACCAGAGCUCCAUCAAAUGGCACUACCUCGCCUCCACUGAGGUUAGCAUCGGGGGAAAAAACUACAAAUCCCACAGAGAGAGGCUGUUUCUGGAGUCAUCUGAUCGUCUCUGUGGUCUCUCGGUUUGUGUUUGCAGUGCCUCCCUCUGUGGCCGGAGAACACGUCAGGGAAACUCUGCCUCCGUGUGGUCGGAUCUGAGUCCACCUCCAAGUUCUUCUUCUUCAACAAGCAGGAUAACGGCACCCUGCUGAGCCUGGACGUGGUCAGUGUCUCCACUGGGCUGAUCACAGGAGGAUUCGGAGCUCUGGACGUCCUUUCUCAUGUGUGUGUGUGUUUUUCAGUGCGGUGGGAUCAUCGUGGACGUCAACAUCUCCGAUCAGUCCACGGUUAUAAGUUUCGGCGAUUACUACGACGGAGCUGCUCCGGCCCUGCUGCUAAACCACACGCCCUGGGUCAACAUUAGCUACAAGCAGAGGUCAGAGGUCAACAUGCACGCACACCAACACCAACAUUGUUUAAAAGUUUAACUGUAUCUUUGUUCAAACCCCUCGUACUCUUUCUUCUGCAGCGGCUCAGCGGUGACGCAUGAGCUGAAACCUGGCGAGGCUCGGCGGUUCGCUUGGGACGACCCCGCAGGAGUGCGAACCCUGUGCUGGAACUGCAUGGAACAUUCUGGAGAGCUGGACCUGAUGAAGGUCAGACACUGAGGGUUUGGGAAAAUCAUCCCAAACUACCUUCAUGUUGAUGUUACUGAGACCUGAGGCGGGAAAUGAGCGGGAAUCUGUGUUUCCGCUAAUUCACGAUGUUUCUGAGCGUUGUUUGAAUAUUAUAACUAUCUACAGGGAUCCCAUCACACUGAAAAGUAUGCUUUUCAGCUGCUCUGCUGCCUCCUAGGGGCCAAAAUAAGAAUUAUACAUUUUUAAAAGCACAAAGGACCGAGAGUCGAACCCUGAGGAAUCCCACAUCUAAAAUAAUGUGAUGAUGAAAGUUAAAAAAAAUCAAACUUUGGAUCCAAACGCCUGAAUGAACAAACUUCACCCAUGAUCAGAAAACCCGGGUACUCUAAGAAGUCUGAGUCCUGGUGUUGGUCCUCCUCUAACAAACUGUGUCCAUUCUCCAGGACGAGGUGGGUCAGUUCAGCUACGACAACCUGUCCGAGGUCCACUGGGUCUCCUUCCUGGACGGUCGUCAGCGCGUGCUGCUGUUUACAGAAGACGUCGCCGUGGUAACGAAAGCUCGGCAAGCGGAGGAGCUGGAGCAGUUCGAACAGGAAGUGAAGGUGUCGCUGCAAAACCUGGGACUGUCUCUGAUCAACAACAACAGCAAGCAGGAGAUCUCCUACAUCGGCAUCACCAGGUACCAAACGCCGCCUCCUCAGCAGGUCAACACUGCGUCAGGUACAUGUUAGAGAACCGUGUGUGUGUGUGUGUGUGUGUGUGUGUGUGUGUGUGUGUUCCAGCUCAGGGGUGGUCUGGGAGAUGAAGCCGAAGAACCGCUGGAAGCCGUUCAAUCAGAAAAACAUCAACCUGUUGGAGAAAACGUACCAGAGUCAGCAGAGCGGGGCGAAGCCUGAAGGGGGCUGGGUCAAACUGGAGGGCAACAUCGAGGUCAGAGGUCAUCACACACACACACAGCACAUGCUGCUUUCGAGUUACCUCGGAAGUCAGAAGUCCGAGCUGAAAAUGACGUCACACCCGAGUUACCAGCGUUUCUGUUACCAAGUCGGUAAAAAGCAAAAUCAAAUACGGAAACAAGACGGUUACUACUACGAAAGUUAUUGUAGUGCUUGCCUUGUCCGAAUAUAAGGAAAGUGUUUUAUUUUUACUUUUUAAUUUAUUAAAAUAUCACAAGUUUUAGUAUCAUAAAUAAUAGUAUAUAUUAUAAUAUAUAAAAUAAAAGUAUUUUAUGAAUACUUUUUAAUUUAUUUAAAUAAUAAAAAUAAUGGUAUUAUAAAUAUUAGUGUAUAUAUGAUAAUAUAUAUAAAAUAAAAGUAUUUUAUGAAUACUUUUUAAUUUAAUUAAAUAAUAAAAAUAAUGGUAUUAUAAAUAUUAGUGUAUAUUUGAUAAUAUAUAUAAAAUAAAAGUAUUUUAUUAUUACUUUUUAAUUUCUUAAAAUAAUAAAAGUAAUAGUAUUAUAAAUAAUAGUAUAUAUUAUAAUAUAUAAAAUAAAAGUGUUUUAUGAAUACUUUUUGAUUUAUUAAAAUAAUAAAAUUAAUAGUAUUAUAAAUGAUAGUAUAUAUAAUGUAUUUAAAAUAAAAGUAUUUUAUUAUUACUUUUAUUAAGUUACUCUAAUUUUUAAAAUAACUUUCGUAGAUAUAACAUCUCGUUUCAGGCCUCUGAUUUUGCUUUUUACCGACUUGGUAACAGAAACACUGGUAACUCGUGUGUGUCGUCAUUUUCAGCUCGGUAACUCAAACGCAGCAUUAGACUGCAGCUUCACUCUUCAGUAUCAGACUGUUAGACAAUGAGACUGAUGUGUAGCGUGUGUGUUCAUCACUUAUUAUCAGGUGAACCUCUCUGGAGCCAUCAUGAUGAUGCGUCAGCCCAUAGCCUGUCCUAUCAGGAGGAACUUCCUGUCAGGGAUCCAGGUGGAGUUCAAACAGUCCCCUCACCAGCGCUGCCUGAGGGCGCAGCUGCACUGGCUGCAGGUCAACACGCACACACACACACACACACACACACUCUCUCUCAUGUUCAAAAACACUCGGUCACAUUUAUAACUGACUCGGUUUCCCUUCACAGGUGGAUAACCAGCUGCCAGGCGCCAUCUUCCCCAUCGUCUUCCAUCCGGUUCCUCCUCCUAAAUCCAUCGCUCUGGACUCAGGUGAUCAUUUUGACAACGUUUCAUUUAACCCUUCAUCGUGUGUUUUCCUGCUGCCAGAAACAGAUGUUUACGUUUUGAUCUGGUCUGAUUCUGCUCGAAUCUCUCUGCCCGUCCUCAGAGCCGAAGCCUUUCAUCGACGUCUCCAUCAUCACCAGAUUCAACCAGCACAGCAACGUCAUGCAGUUCAAGUGAGUUAGGAACAAUCCAGAGUGGUGGUAAACCUGAUUAUGAUCGGUGUUACUCAGUCUAAUGAGAGAGUUUAAUGAGGAGAGGCAGAGACAAACGUUUCAAACUGAGCCUUGUUGGUUUAAAACCAUAAAAACAUGAUGGUGCAUCCAGUUAAACAGUAAAAGAUGACAGUAUCUGCUCUCGUAAAGAUAACUCAAAUCCAGAUUAAACUAAACCAGUUUGAUCUGAAAGGAAACACACUUGGUUUUAAGGUUCACUGGUUUGAUUUGGGGGCCAACAAGUCCAAGACAGUCUAGCUUCAGACCUCCACUGAGAGGACCCGAGGUGACGGUUUCUCUUAUGAAGUUAGUUUGAAGUGGUCUUCUCAUUUUGUAUUUUAUCUUUGUUGAACACAUAAAUAUACGAAAAAUCAUAUAAACAUGAUAUGAAAUCAUAUCCACACGACACUGAAAAAUACUUAAUGUGUAAUCGCUUUUAAUUUGAAACUCCCGAGGUUAAAAAAGAAACAUACUCCUGGUAUAGUUGCUUUUAUUUUGAAAGGCUUCAAACAACUUUACAUUGAGUUUAAGUAAGGUUAACUUGAUCUGAAAGUUAACCUGCUUAGCAUAAAGUUUAACAAACUACAUAUGAAGUUUAACAUGUUCGAUCUGGAAGUAAUCUUACUCGACAUUUAGGUCAACUAGUUUCAUAAUUAUAACCAGAUUAACUUGAAAUUGAGAUUAAAUUAAUCUCAUAUGAAGUUCAACCAUUCUGAUAUUGGGCUAAACCAGUUUGUUAUGACGAUUAACCAGUUUGAUGUGAAAGUUGACCAGCUGGGAAGAAAGAAACCAGUUUGAUCUAGUUUGGUCUAGUUCUAAUAUGAUGGUUCACUAGUUUAUAACAAGGUCUGACCUAUUUGGUAAAAAAGUUAACCAGACUAAUGUGAAGGUCGACCAGUUUAACAUGCUGUUAAACUGUUUUCUGUGAAGUUUAACCAGUUUGAUCAAAUGUGGGGCCAGUUUAAGAUGACGGUUUACCAGUUUAGAAAGAAGGUUGAACUUGUGUGACUUGGUGAAGGACUAGUUAGAUACUCUGACAGUAGAGUCGGUAAAUGUGGCGAACCCUUUGUUUGACACUCAAGUUUAGUAGUUCUAUUAGUGAGUAAGCCGGUUAGGUGUGAAGGUUAACUGGUGAACAGGAAUGUUAAUGGGUGUCGUAUGAUAAUUAACUGGUUUAUUAUGGAAGUAAAAGGUCAACCAGUGUUACACAAAUGAAAACCAGUCUGAUGAUGAUGUUACUGUUAACUGCUCCAUGAUCGAUCUCACAUAAGUGUGCGUUUUUUGUUCUUCAGGUACUUCAUGGCUCUGGUUCAGGAGAUGGCCGUGAAGAUCGAUCAGGGUUUCCUGGGCGCCAUGUUAACUCUGUUCACUCCAGCGGCCGACCCUCAGGCUGACAGACAGAAGGUGAAACAGGGCGGAGAGUUAAACCACCAACCCUGACUCAUCAGACCAGAACUCUGUUCCUGUCCUAACAACUGAAACCGUUUCUGUUUCAGACCAAGCUGAUAGAAAAAGAUCUGCAGCUGCUGCAGGCUGAGCUGACAGAGGCGUCGCACAACGACGCGUCAGGACUCAGUUUCUUUGAACAUUUUCACAUCUCACCCAUCAAGGUGAGGAUGCAGACGGGGUUUGACUCUUUUAGUGACCUCGAAACAGUGUCAGAACUUUGCACUGCAGAUAUCUGAUUGAAGAUGAUCUUCUCUGCCUGUCUGAUGUCUCUGCUCUGAUUUUGUUCUUUUGUUCGUAUUUGUGUUUUCAGCUCCAUCUCAGUCUGUCUCUCGGCUCCAGCGGGGAUGACUCUGCUAAAGAAGUGGCGGCCAUGCAGUCUCUGAAUCUGCUGCUGAAAAGUAUCGGAGCAACGUUGACGGACGUGGACGACCUCAUCUUCAAGUGAGACUCUUUCUGCUCCUCACUGUGUCUGUUUUUAUAGAAAGAUGCAUGUUAGGAUACAAAGACACAGCUGUCAAUAAUAUUCUCUAACACCAAGUUGAGUCUCUGUCUCUGUCGUCCCCUUUGUCCCUGUUAGACUGGCCUUCUUCGAGGUGAGGUACCAGUUUUACCGCAAAGAAAAGCUGAUGGGCGCCGUGGCCCGACACUACAGUGAGCAGGUACGAAAGCCGUCCGUCAGUCAGCUCAUCAAACACACUUUCUGUUAAGAACCUGCUGUGUGCUGGACUGGACUCUUGAGGUUUAACUGGGAACUUAAUGUGAGACCACAUUGUUGUUUCUGGUUGCAGUUCUUGAAACAGAUGUAUGUCUUGGUUCUGGGUCUGGAUGUCCUUGGUAACCCGUUUGGGCUGAUCCGAGGUCUGUCCGAGGGAGUGGAGGCCUUCUUUUACGAACCAUUCCAGGUAACGCAGUGAAGACUAACCCUGCAGAAGAAGAACCCUGAUGGAGCUGAACCACGUUUCUAAUAUCAGAUCUUUUAAGUCCAGGUUUAUGUUUUAUGGUGGUCCUACUUUAAUAAGUCUGUCUGCUGUGUGCAUCCACCAGGGGGCGGUCCAGGGUCCAGAGGAGUUUGCAGAGGGUUUUGUGAUCGGAGUCCGAAGCCUGCUGGGUCACACAGUUGGUAAGAAACUACAAACUAAACUAAACCAGCUGUUUUUUUUAUCUCUGCUGCUAAUCUGACUCUAUCCUUCCCUUGGUUUCCUGCAGGUGGCGCCGCAGGUAUGGUCUCUAGGAUCACAGGUUCAGUAGGUAAAGGUCUGGCAGCCAUCACGAUGGACAAAGAGUACCAACAGAGACGACGCGAGGAAAUGAACCGAGCGCCCAAGGACUUUGGAGAGAGUCUGGCUAAAGGAGGAAAAGGACUUCUGAAGGUAAACAAAGUGACUCUGAGAACAGCUGAUCAGCUGAUCUGAGGUCAGGGAUGAAGGUCCGAAACACUCUGGUGUGUGUGUCCACAGGGGGUCGUCGGUGGGGUCACGGGCAUCGUCACCAAACCUGUGGAGGGUAAGUGUUUUUAAAGUAUUUACAGGGACAAAUGCACAUUUGAAAGCUUCAGGUGCUUUUUAACAGCAGGAUCUUUUCCCUCUCCUCUCUGUGUAUUUGUAAAGCAGGAACUAAGGUUUAUGUUUAGUGUCAGGGUUGUUUCCCGGCUCAGGUCAAUAACUGUCUGAAGGUCUGGAACCUUUUGUGGGCAGGUUUGAUCGUGGUUUUGGUGGUUAACUGUCUCGUUCGCAGUAAGCAUUACAAAAUCAGAGCAAAAAAGAACAGAAAUGCCUGAAAGAACGACUUCAAAAUGAGCUCAUGUAACUCUCGUUUAACUCAAAUUAACCAGAGGGGGCAGCAGAGAUCCUGCCCUUUAAAAUACGAGUCAUAAGUCAGUUACAUGUUGAGCUGUUAGAGGUCCACUCUUGGCCAAGUGUGAGAUGAUAUUUGCUGAUGUCCUUUUUUGUGCAGGAGCAAAGAAGGAGGGGGCUGCAGGUUUCUUUAAGGGCAUCGGGAAAGGUCUGGUGGGCGUGGUGGCUCGACCCACAGGUGGCAUCGUGGACAUGGCCAGCAGCACCUUCCAGGGCAUCCAGAGGUACGAAAAUCCUUUCAUGAAACCCUCUGAUUUGUGUGUUUGUCCAUCAGAGUUUGAGCUGUGUGUCUUUUCUUUUCUCCGACAGUUUCAGUAAACGUAGUUUGUCUUUUGUACCAGUUUCACUCGGUGAAGAUCUUCAUGUCUCGUCUGUCUGCUUCUCCUCUGUUUUUCUUCUUGUCUGCUCACUAAUUUUUAUAUUUUCUGCUUUUGUUUUCUGUCUGGUAUCGUCGUUUCCUGGAGUUUGUUGUUCUUUCUUUUUCUUGUGGUUUUUGGUGUGUGAGUAUUUCUCAUUAAGUCCGCUGAAGCUGGGCUCCUUCACCGCUGCUCAAAGUCUGACAAUCAGGUUCAGAAACAGACCCCCUCUGUGGGGUGACGAUCAGACGUAUCUCGAGUCAGACUCUCGGGUGAGAUGAAGGAGACGAGCUUCAGCGGCGGCACUUGUGCGUUUUUGCAUGUUGUUGUAACUCAGCAGCAGUUCGAUGGUAAGUCGCUGCAUCUUGUCACAAAUAAAUCCUUCAUGACUCACGCUCACGACAUCCAUCACUGUAACAAAGCUCAUAGUCCCGCCCCCCCUCAGCUUGCUGCGGCAUCUUGAGUCGUACAGGCCAGACUCCUGUGGGACAUGUGACCCAGACUCUGAAUGAAACAUGUCAUAGAAAAGGCUUGUUGAGAAAGAGAAUGAAACAUAUUCAGCUGAAACCAACUCAAAGAAAACAGACUGUCUAAUUUAAAAAGCAUGCAUUAAAGGUGAGAGCAUCGUUAAGUGCACUUGUUAUGUUGUUUGCAAACUUCGAACAGAGACGUUUAUAUCACACAAACACAAACACAGGAUUAUUGUCACACUUAAACUCCUCUUUAGUUUUCAACACAAAUAUUCUUCCUCUGGAUGGCCUGAAAAUAAUAGAUCUGCACAUGAAGUCUGCUAGUAUUACUCUGACGUGCAUCUUUUGCAGCCUUGCACUGUUAUCUUGCACUAUUGUCUGUGGUCAGUGUUUGAAUUUAUUCUUGUACAUAUUUAUCUUUUAUGGAGCGAAAGUUUACUAAAGUCAUAUUCCCCAAAUGUUUGCAUAGGGCUGGGCGAUACACCAAAAAUUUACGGAUACUGAAAUUAUCGACAAUAACCGGCGUCAUUUUGCUCAUAUCGGUAUUUUUAGUGUCAGAAAAUCGAUAAAUUAAGUUGUUUUUGGAUGUGUGUAGGUAGGCUAUGGUCUCAUGUCCCUUUAAGACGCUGUCCUACGUCAGAGACGUGACUCCACCCCAUCCAGUCAAAGAGGGAAAGACAGGUGAGGAGAUGGAGGACGGUUCAGAAGAUGUAGCGGCUGAAGUAGACGAAGUUAAAAUGGGGAGGGGGUGAGCAGCUCGUGGAGAAGUUAUCGUCCAUUUAUCGUUAUCGAGGUGAACUGAUCAAUAUAUCGUGAUAUUGAUUUGAGUCCUUAUCGCCCAGCCCUAUGUGCACACAUGCCAGUCCAAUACAGCUGAUUCUGUGGCUCAACCCCCCGCACAAACAGGCCGUGCUAUCGCGCAUGACGGAGUGUUUCUACGUAAUCUAAAAAAACCUGCUUGCUAGCUUGCGCCGGGAAGUGAGCUGGAUGAAGAGAAAAAAAACACAAGCCUGAAGCAAACGGCACAGAGCUGCAGAACUUUCUGGAUGUUUCUACGUUAGAGCUCAGACAGAGCAGAGAUUGUGCAAGUCUUACCCCCAAUUUCCACCACAUCCGAACGCCUGUGAAAAGGCCGCCUGCGCCGAUUGUUUCCAAUCAAGUUAAUGUGUCAAAUUCCAUCGGCUUCUUUCCGGCCCCCUGCGGUUCAGCGGCUUCGUAUCUGAUUGCACAAGUUCUAUUUUUUCUGGACGCCGGAGCAUGGCGGAUAAAUUCAGCACAGAUGAACCCGUGCUGGAAAGGAAGUCGGGCACAGACACAAAAUAAAACAUCCAACUUCUUUUCAAAAUAAAACUACCUGUUUCCGGCGCAUCGUAUUUCACACCAUGCAAAUUUCGGCGGAGACAAACGAGUGAAAGGUUUUUAGACGUCAUUUCACCCCGAUGACACCAUGGAUGAGGAGAUGCUGAUUCUAGAAGUCUAGAAGUAGAUUUCCUCCUCUGGAAGGACACAAUCUACUGCUUAUAUGUCUAUGUGGAUGUCUUUAGAGAGACAACUCGUUAUCGCAUGAUUGCAUGUGAAUCCUGCUGUCGGAGGUCUGCCACGAAAUUCGCCUCACAAACGCAUCCGGUUGGAAUUUGCGAAUGGCGAAAAUCACCGCCAUUCCUUAGCGGAGCCGUUCUGGAUGCGAUGGAAAUUGGGGGUUAGAGGCUGUAUUAGUGAACUUUAUCUGGGAUGAGCAGUGUUCGGUUAUGUUUGCCUUUGUCGUCCAACUUAAACCUGUAUAUUUGAGUGAUAAUCCUCCUCCAGGAUGUCAAAACCUGCAAACCUGCACUACCAAACUUCACCAGCAGGGUUUUCCUCUCAGCUUUAAGUCAUCGGUCUGAGAGUGAGACCGUCAUGAACAGGUUAAACUCCCCCACAGUACCUUUAAAAAAAAACCUGCUUCUGUUCCUGAAACAUCCCCCCCACUGCCUCAGCGAUCUUCAUCCUCCUCCUCCUCCUCCUCUGUUAUGAGGCAUCCAUCUGUCAUGUGACGCAUCAGUCUGUUCACGAUAACCUUUAUAUCGUUACCGUUUCAUGCUGUCUCUAUAGAGGUCAAGAAAGGUGAGCUAUCCGACUGACAGCAUCAUGUUCACUCUGAACAGGCUAAAAAAACCAGUUUUAUUAAUUUAUGUAAAGUAAAUAAGAACGAAUACAGAGCCUUGAGGGACUCCUCAGGAAAGAUUAACUUCCUUUUCUCUUGACUUGAAUGCGUUUCAGCUCGGUUAAGUCGGUAGGUUGAUUUGUAUAUGUGUGUGUUUGUGAUACCAGAGUAGCGGAGUCGACGGAGGAAGUGACCAAACUGAGGCCGGCGCGUCUGAUCAGGGAGGACGGGAUCAUCAGACCGUAUGACCUCACAGAAUCGCAGGGUUUUGACCUCUACCAGGUAAGACCAGGUGAUAUCGUUGUCUCGCUCUAUCUGUCUGCAGCACACAUGAACAUGAUGUGUUUUUAUUGGAUGCUAAAGUUACAAAGUGUAAAGUGCAUUUGUUAAACUGUGAGUGAGGAGAGUUAGCGGUGACGGGGUUGUGACGGAGGGCAGAGCAGAGAGACACACAGCAGGUGUGACUCCAACCAAACCCUGCACCUUCCUGCACGUUUGAGCUUUCCUCUUUAACUCAUUCAGUGCCAGUGACGAAUUUGGUCACAUUUUUUUAUUUGCCCAGAGUGCCAUUGACAGAUUUUGAUGGAUUUUUCAGUUUUUUUGUUUUCCACCAGAGGGCGCUCCUCCCAAACAUGCGACUAAGUUUGGGGUCAUUCUGAUCGCAGAAAAGCCGACAAAUACGCCAUAACCAUGUUAGAAUAACAAAAACAAGUACUGGACAGUGAGAAGUGUGCCAUCAAGUAUGUCCAUUAGCCGAGUUGUGGAGAGUUUUUUCUCUAUGAGGAAAGUAGGAAAAUGCCGAAGUCAUUAGCCAAGGUCAUUAGCUAACGGUCUCGGCGCAUCGGCUCCCGAGGUGCUUCCGUCUCUGGAUCCAGUGGAUAUCUAGGUACCCAUCCUUCACAUCGUCAGCAGACAAUUUAAGAAACAAUUUUCCGGUGUGUUGUUGUGCCGCCGGUGCCGGUACUGGUGAGCGCGACUUAACCGGGAUUCCGAUACAGUUUUUGGCAAGGAGGACCCGAGCAGUCUGUGUGGUUUCCAUCGUGGCGUCAGAGUCUCGAGAGUCAAUAUGAGUUCCAGCUGUCAUACAGUGACCUACCUCAAUCGGAUCUCGAGAGUGAUGAGGAGAUGUGUCCGAGGAGUGAGGACUUUGAUGCUGUCGGUAAAGUAGUUUGAUAUGAAAUGAAAUAGACGAUCCGAGUUCUGCUUGAAAGUCUCUCCAGAAUUUUUUCCUGGUGAAAGAAGAGAAUCGCUCCUUUCUUUUGAGAUAUUGGACUCAAUUCUACAUUUCUCUUGCCGUCAAUGGUGGCACUGGGUGAAAAUUGCAUGGAUGAACCUGGCACUGAAUGAGUUUAUAACUGAGUGUCUUUUUUUUUAAUUUUCUUAUUCCGUUUUUUAACACCUCUCUUCUUCUUCUUCUGUUUUUUUCUCAUGUGUUUGUGUCACAUGCAGCCGGAUGAGGAAUAAUCGGGGUUUGCUGGGGUCGACUUUACAAAUCAAGUGCUUUAAAGGACAAUAAACUCUAUUAAUGCUUUCUAAAUAAAGCCUCAUGUUAAUUGAAUUAUACUAAAUAUGCUAUAUUAAAGUUUCUAUGUCAUUGUAUAAAUAUUAUUGGCUAUACUUAAAACUUUAUUGUUCUGUAUAAACCAAAAACUUGUGCUGAUAUAAUUCAGGUUUCUAUGCAUGCCAAAACUGAUAACCUUCUCUCAUACCUCAAACAUUUUUACUCUUCGCUUGCUCUCUUCCUUUUUCCUAAAAUGAAAAUUCUGAUUUUUUUAAUUCUGAAAUACAGAGGUGGUUGAUUUUUGUUCCUGGUCUUUUUUUUUAAUAAUUAUGUGUAUCAUAUAUUUUAAUUUAAUCAUUAGUAAACAGAUGAAUUAUUUUAUUAUCAGGCUGUGUUUCUCUCUCAUAGAUCUUAGCACUAUUUUUGUAAAAGACUGUAGCAUCACUUUUCAUUCCAAACCUGUGAAUAAUAUGAAAUACUUCUUCUGUCUUUGUGAUGAUAUAUUUGUAUAACUCAGUCGUUGUUGUUGUGGCAUGACCUCUAACCCCUCAUACUGUUGUGCUUGUGUGUAACAGUGUGUGUGUGAGUGUGAGUGUGUUUGAGCUGUAACAGUGAGUGACAUCUGUAACCUGCAAACCUGAUCUUUAAUAAAAUAACACUCCUAAUUCACGCUCUGAUUUAUAACUUCUGAAAACUUUCUGCUUCUGAAUAUCUCAGACUUUUUUCUUCUGAAGGUGAAUUUUAACAAACUUUAAGGUUUGUUAAAAUUCACCAUUUUUUUUUUUUUUUCACUUCGUCCGAAUUCUAAUUAAAUUCGGACUUCUAUAUUACUGCAACUUUCUUUAAAUAAAUGAGCACUUGACUCUGUAAAUCUGGCCCUGUCGUUACGCCGCUGAGUCAGAAAUGUUUCCAUCUGAAAAGGCGGCGUGUGCCGUCAGUUAAAGACAGUUCUGCCUCCUCCCCAAAGCGACGUUAAAGUAACAUGUGAAAUUUGGAAUUUACAGGUUUUUACAAGUUUAGCUCAUAGUGAUUUUAUUUAUUUUUUUAUUUUAUUUUUUAUUUGACUGAACCAAGUUAAAACAUUUAGAUGGAACAAAUUUAAAUUGAAUUGAAUUGGAAUAGAUUGAAUUAAAGUAAUUAAAUAUAGACGAAUUAAGCUGAACUGAACAGGAUGAGAUCAUUUUAAAUGAAACUGAAUGUACGGUUGAAAAUUAAAAAAAAUGAAUAAAAGUGUAUGAACUGAAUUGAUUUGAAUUUAAUUGAAUAGAAUUGAAUUAGACUGAAAAUGGACUGAAGUAGACAGGAAAAAUUAAAUUAGAUUAUAGUGGAAUGAAUUGUUUAAAAUGAAUCUGGAUUAAAUUGAAUCUACUUGAAUUCAGACUUACUGAAGUAAAUUCACUGAGAUAGAAUUGGGCUGAUCUGAAUUUUAUUGAAUUCAAUAAAAUCAAAUUGAAAUGACUUGUUGUUCAGAAUGAAUUAUGUCCGAUUACAUUACAUUGAAAUGAACUGAAUUGAAUUUGAUUAAUUUUGAUUGAAGUGAAUAUGUAUUGAACUAAACCAAAUGGAAUUAAAGUGAAUUAAAUUGAACUGGACUGAAUCUAAUUAAAAUUAAGUUAAAGUCAUUUAAAGAACUGAAUAAAAACAAAUUGAUUUAAAAAUGAAUUAAUGUCAUUUUAAUUUAAAACAAUAUUAUUGAAUUUAUAUACAUAUGAAUUUAUUGACUGGUUUUAUAGUUAUGUAAAAUGAAUGUGAGAUAAAACAGUUCACUCCUAAAGACAAAGUUUGACGUGAAUAUGAAGGAUGAGAGUAGAGAGCGAGUCAGACAGAAACAAAGGUACAGGUGAGAUAUUUGACAUGUUUACAGUCAUUGUACCUCAGAUGAUUCACGGGUUUGUUGUCUGACAUGUUUGUCCUGAUUCUGAAGUGUUUUUGUGAAUGUUUGUGAUCUGUUAUUUUUACCUGCGGAGGCGUUCAGGUGUGUGUUUGAGUCUGUCGGGUUUCUGGUUUUCAGCGCUCUGAGAUCAAACAGCUGGAGGGUGAAGUUUACAGAGAUCACAGUCAGUAUCCUGGACACAGAAAGACAAACAUCAUCGUCACCAACAGGUGAAUUAUUAUCUGUUAUUAUCAGUCAGGAUUUAUUUUGUCAGUAUUUUAGAUUAUCAUCAUGUGUUGUUUUUUUUAGGAGGGUCAUGUGUGUGAAGGAGAUCGACUUUGUGGGUCAUUUCAACAAAGAGUGGGAGUGUCUGUUUGAGAACUGUUACCGUCCUCCAGCCGUGGUGGGAACGGAGCUGAAGAUCUACUGCAAGGUACCGAAGAAAAACGAAUGAAAAAGGGCGAACUCCAAACUUCUCCAGCUGUCUGACUCCGCCUUUCUCUCUGUCUGCGUUUCAGGAGCAGCAGAAGUUGAAGCUGCCGAAGAAAGACAACCAGGAGCCGGUGAGGAGCGUCCAGCUCAAGGACACGGCCGUCGCUCAGGUAACCACAGCUGCACGUGUGUGUGUGUGUGUAUGUUUGUGUGUAUAUGUUUGUGUGUGUGUCUACACUUCAGUUCACCUUCCCUCACCUGGUUACCGUACGUUACCAACAGAAGCUGUAUGUGGCCGUAUCAGAGGCUCAGAUGGCGCGGCAGCAGCACCGCAUGGCGAAACAGAAGUCAACGCGCUUCCUGAAACCAAACAACAAGCACUGA